CAGUAAUCUAAUUAAAACAGAAGUAUUGUUCACCAAGGGACACCCAUCCUGGCAGUUUUGUGUAUCUGGGGGUGGGGGUCACUGACCCCAGCUUAGCAGUGAUGAUCUCUCCUUGAGCUGGGAGAUUACAUGCAGAGGAACAGACACAGCAGGGGAAGGGUUUGCAGAACUGAGAUAAAAAUCCCUGGGAAGGAGACACACAGCAUGGGAUCUCAUCAGUCUCAAGUGAAUGAAAAGGGGGGUGCAAGCAACAAAGGUUAAUUUGAAUGCAUAUUAAUUGUGUGUAAAGGGAGGGAGGGGGUUUACUGGGCUGCAGAGUGACUCUAGGGCUGUGUCACAUGCUCUUACCUGAACAGGGAGGAGUAAGAGGUGGAUUCCAUUUACAAGGAAACAUUUUGUAACAAACAGUUGAUAGGGGCAUUGCCUGUGAGCUUGGGCAGGGGCACAGGAAGAGGACAGUCUGUACAGAUCAAUCAGGAUGCAGAUCCCUUCUUCCUUGUAGGAUUACAGUAUCAGGGGAGGCUCAGUCCACAGACAGGACGUGUGCAAGAUCAAAGCACUUUUCUCUCCCUCCAUCCUGUGUCCAUGUUUGAGAGCUGUGCUGGGAUCCCCCCAAGGUGCUCUCACUUCCUGCAUGCUUGAACAGUGAAAGGCAGGAAAUUGCCCUGAAAACUGAGAUGAAUCAAGGAAAAGUUGGGGAAGAUCCUGCAGACUGGAAGUAACCCUUUGGCAGCUUCUGGAUUUUUUCGCCCCAGCUUUACCUCCCCUCAGCCCUCUUUUGCAGAUUGGGGGGAGCAGACUGCCCUGACUGGCUGUGCAUGGGGAUUUACUGAUUGCAAUCCGGCCAUGGGAGGCUGUAUGGGCAGACCCCGAGGGGAGAAUCGCAGAACCCACUCCAGGGCCUCAGGCUACCCCAGCAAGAGAGCAGGUAAAAUUGGGGACUUUUUCUUCACCCAUGUGUAUCUAUUUCAGGGGCCACGAUGCCCUAAUCCGUAAGAGCCUUGGGGAGGGGGUGGACAACUGAGCCUAUUGUUUAUAAGUGUAAAUGUAUACAAAGUAUCCAUUUAUUCUGAGACACAGCAUUCCAUUCAGGGAGACUGGAAACAGAACCUUAGAAGAUCCCUGUAGAACCUUGAGGAAGUGUUACAGAACGAUCAGAACAGUCAGCGAAAGAAACAGUUCUUUAACUCUCCAUAGUCCUAAAAAAAGAGGUGCUGCAGCAGCUGCUCAUUGAAAACACUUCUAAUCCUAUAUCUCAUCCCCCAGCAGUCCAGCUUUCAUGGAUUGCCUGGAAGGCUGUGGGUUAUCUGACAAGCAUUUUCUCAAUAUUUCCCCAGCUCAGCAUUGCUGUCAUGUAGUUUCACUUCCCCCAAUCUCAUGUCUAAGAGGUUUGCUUUAUCUCCCAUUAGACCCUGCAAUUAGGAAGGCUGUGUUUAUCAAACAGCACAGUAUCUGAGAUAAGGCUACACAAGCAGAAAUGGCUAUAUGCAUUCACACACAUCAAAGUCACCAGCUGAUUGAAUUCAGCUUCUCUAUGUAACCAUGAAAUCCCAGUGUGAUAAGUUAUUUACUGCAGGUCCAGUAACUAGGAAACAUAGGUCUAAGUUUGUAAACAGAACCUGCUUUUUUAUAUCUCUCUUACAAGUAAAAAUAACCAAGUAAGAUUAAUGCAUUGACUAUCAGUUACUGUAUAAAUACAGAUAAAGCCCAAGUAACAUAACUUACAUAAUAAUUCACUAAAGUGUGAAUUGUGAGUAAUUCCAAGUGAAUUUAAAUUUUAGAAGAAAGUUGCUGAAUUGGGAAAAUUCUCCAACACAACUGCUUUUCAAUUUACCUAUUUUAGCCUAGAAUUUUAACAUUCACAAUUUCACAAAAAAAUACAACACUGUGUCUAUUUACUACAAUAUGUACUGUGUGCCUUGAAAGUGAAUCCAAAUUCAAACAAAAAUAGUCCAGAUAUAACCGUAGCGUGGUUGGAGCAUUUUUGAUAAAUUAAUUUCAACGUCAUUCAUUUAACCACCUUAUAGAGUUUGUAAAAUAUUUUAAGGUGAAGUUCCAGAGGCAGUGAUAUAAAUUAUAUAACUGUGACAAGAGGAUUAAUGAACAAAGUCGUUAAUAAUGUGAAAUUGGAAACAAAAUUCAAAAAUGCAGGCCAACAAACUAGCCACGUUCGAAAAAUCUCUAAUAGUUGAAUUUCCUUUUUGAAAUGUCAUUUUUCAUUUAAUGUCUAGUAAAUUAAGCUUAAGUUGUGGGUGUGGGUCCAGUUUUCACACUUGACAAACCCACACCAUUGUGCGCACACGUGUGGGUGUGUUUGCGUGUGUGUGUAAUUUAUUUUUAAUUUUUAUUCAAGUCGGAAUUUUUAUCUCUUAAAUGAGUAUUGCGAAGUACUGAAGAAUUGAGGCCAGAGUAGUCAAAUUUGGAAAAUUUAACAAUUUUUCCAGUUCUGUCAUUUUGUUUUAAAAUUUGCUAUCUUAGUAUCACGACUGGACAUUGUUUUAUUAAACUGUCUUGCUUGUUUGUCCACUCUAUGGUGAAACCAGAGCCUUUUCAAAGCGAUUAACUGGCCUAACAUACAUGACAGGGACAGACAAGGGAAGUUUAAAGGAAUUCUUUAAGUACCAUACCCAUUACAGACCCCUGAAGUUGUUAUGGUGCCAAGAGGGCCCUCAUGAUCUCCCAGAGUAAGUAGUCAAACUCUUUUUAUAGGACCACACUAUAGGCACCCAGACAACUUCAGCUCAAUGAAGUGGUCUGGGUGCCAGGUCCCCCUAGUUUUAACCCUCAGCUGUAAACAUAGCAGUUUCAGAGAAAAAUAGAGAAACUGCUAUGUUUACACUGAGGGUUAAUCCAUCCUCUAGUGGCUGUCUCCUUGACAGCCGCUAGAGGCCGAUUCCACGAUUUACACAGAGUAAAUCGCACUUAUUUGACGCUGGACCUUCUCACGGAGUCUAGCAUCAAAUAAGAUCCCCAUAGGAAAGCACUGAGUAAUGCUUUGCUAUGGGCAGGUUUGAAUGCGUGCGUGCCUCUGGCCGCACAUGUGCAUUCUGCUCCACUCGGGAGCUGACAUUGGCGGGGGAGGAGAGGUCACUGGCGCUGGAUUAAGGUAAGUGGCUGUAGGGGGGCACUCCAAGAGCCUAGAGUGCCAGGAAAACAGGUUUGUUUUUCUGGCACUAUAGGAUCCCUUUAAGAACGCUUGCACUACUUACCCAGGUCCUGCCAGGCACCCAUUGCAAUCUGACCUGGUGCUGGAAGAUCUUGGUUAAACCCGAUUAUUGUUGUUGAACCGUUCCUUUAGUUUGUCUUGGUGGUAUGGGAAGGUGUGAAUGUUAACUUAUCAUGGCGAUCAAUGUUAUUAACAGUCAAACACUUGGGUCUCCCACAGAACAUUCUUAUUCAACUGAGCACAGCUGGAGCACAGAAAGAGACCUCCUAUGGGAAGGCCCCACGGUUGGGUACUAUAUUAUUACAUAGGCCCAUUUUAUCCAGUGGAUGCAUAGUAAUCAAUUGACUCCCAAUUAAUAUUCUUAAUUUUUGAGGCUUCAAUGCUUUUACAAUUUUGCACAAAAAUUAGGAAAUAACUGAAAAAUUCUGAUACAUUUAAACUCAUAAUAGCUGGAGGUCCAACAAUGUUGAUUUCAGUGUCGGUGAAUAUACCUCACUGUUCUUAAAACGUACUGUCUGUAUAUUAUCAGCAAUUGCAAAGUUUUGUAAAUAAGAAGAAUAAAUACAAUUUGUGCAUAAAUAUAUUUAGACAGAAAAUAAUAUAAUAUUUUCACUAACCAGCAAAAUUGGUAAGGAUUUGUUAAUAAUACCAAAGGAAGAAGAAAAAAAAAAGAGAUUCAUAGGGUCAUUUACUAAACUGUGAAUUGUGUAAAAUUGACUAGAAAACUGCAAAUGUAGACUAAAAUAGCAGAACUGAAAUGAAUAAAUCAUGUCUGCAUCCUUUGGGGUGAGUUAUGUGAACCUAACAUGUCACAUUUCCUUGUCAGUUCCUGGCAAAUUAUACUUUUAUGAUUUCUUUUUUUUGGUAGUGCAAUGACAAACUCACAUAUAGACGUGCCAUUAUGAACAUCAGAGAGGUAUCAGAAAAUAUGACACACCUCAAGAGAACGGCACACAUUUUAAAUUAUACCGUGCUUAUUAAAUAACUUUGCUUAAUAUGUAAUAAGAAUGUGUGCCACUGAAUAAUGUAAGACAAUUAAACUAAAUAAACAAAACUAAUACUAUUUAGUAUCUCUGCUUAAAAGCAAAGCAAAACCUGAGGCAUCUAAUGGCACCCUCAUUAUAAGCAUAUAUGUAAAGACGAUAUCAGAUGCAAGGAUAGGUGGGGGUUUUUCAGCCCGCUCCAACCUCGAGGAAAUUACAAUAUAGUGGACUCAUGAACCUCUUCAAAGGUCUAGAAGACUUGAGAGGGUGCAGGCUUCUGAAUACAUCCAGUCCUCUAAAAGUCGACUUUGCGGUGUGAGAGCGCUGGUUCAAUCUUGCCCAAAUAGACUCACAAAGUAAGUAAAUAAAUCCUCCCGGGAAGAUUGCCGAAUGUGUAUACUAUGUAUAGGCAGCCGCCAUUUUAUAUAGAGCUCUUAAAAUUAAUGUUUAGGUGGAUAAGCAAAGUCUUUUUAUCCUUAAGAGCUGAUUUCCCUUCCAGUGGGGACAGGGAUAACCCCCACAGGUUCAAAGUGAGGAAAGCAGGGCCAGCCGUAAUGCCAAAGUGAUGUAAGAGUGGGGAAUUGGCCGCAUUCUACGCCUCCAGUAGGCCAAUCGGCCUACGUCAAAGUGAUCCAGUGAAACAUCAAGUAAUCCGGUAGCUGGAGCCAGUUAUACCGAUCAGAGUCUGAUUAAACAUUAAAACUUAAAGGGACACUGUAGGCACCCAGACCACUUAAGCUAAUUGAAGUUGUCAGGGAGCUCUGUCCUUUUUGCACCUAGUGCUGCAAUGUUAAACAUUGCAGUUCCAAAGAGGAAUCGUAACAGACUUUUUGUCCGUUAUCUGACGCUUGACGUCCUCACGCUCUGCAUAAGGACCUCCUGCAUCAGAAUUGCCCCAUAGGAAAGCAUUGAUUCAAUGCUUUCCUAUGAGGAGGUCAAAUGCGCAUGCGCUCGUCGCGGGACAGAGGAGGGAGCGGAGCUUCGACCCAGCGCCGAGGGACAUCACCACUGGGAAAAGGUAAGUAAAUAAAGGGUUAGAAACCCUUUAUUUAUUGGGUGUGAGGGAGGGGGUCGGCAGGGGGAUCGGUAGUGCCAGGAAUACAACUUUGUAUUCCUGGCACUACAGUAUCAAUUUAAAUUUGCCAGAUUACUUAAUUGUAUGCUCCUUUUAGAGUUGAAGCUGAGGAGCCCAUGCAGCCCACGUUUUGCUCACUUGGCGGUCAGGUUCCGCCCCUCAAGUUAGCCUACUCUUGAAAGCAAUAUUCUACUUGAAAAUACUGGUUUAAUUCGUAUAAUGAACCUUGUGUAUGUAACAAACAAAAAGUUUGGAUACGCUUUUUUGUUUACGUGAAAACUGACUUGAAAAUUAAAAUGUUUUUCUUUGUAGGCAUGGCCUGGCUCGAUGGUAUACAUUUCUAAAUGUUUUUCCAAAUCUCCCUAUAUUUAGGAUAUUCCGGUCAUGCAGAACAGGAUUAAUCCUAUGGUGACCUGUCCUUAGGCAGCUGCCCAUGGCCUAGAGGUUAGACAGGCCUGUGAAUCAUGAAUCUGAUUCCCUAUGUGAAGAAAAGAGGGGGGCCCAGAAUGUUAAACUGCCUAGGGCACUGGGAGAUCUUAAUCCUUAUCUGCAGUCUUGCUUGUGAGUCUUUGAUUUAAAUGGAAAUUAUUUAACCUGGUGGCCAAGCAGGGGUAAAUUUAAAGGGAUUCUAUAGUGUUAGUAACACAAAUCUGUAUUCGUAACACUAUAGUUCCCUCUGUACCCCCCCCCCUUGUACUCCCCCUCCUUUACACCCCCUGGAAGAAGAAAAAAAGGUUAAAUAACACUUUAAUUACUUGCCCAAAUCCAGCGCUGAUGCUCCUUGGCGCUUGGUUGAAGCUCCUGCUCAAUCUAUGUCAUCUGAUGGGGGCUAAUGUGCAUGCCCGGCAAGCAUUACAAGCACAUUAAGCCUUCCCCAUAGAGAAGCAUUGCUUCAAUGCUUUCCUAUGUAAUUUUCACUAAUGCUGGAUGUCCAUAUGCAGAGUAUGAGGACUUCCAGCAUCAGUAAGACAACCUAAAGUGGACGUCCAGUGUCAGGCAACCUAAAGUCCGGUAAAAUCCCAGAAAUGCCUCUAGUGUCGGUCUACUGUGGCUAAGUGCUGCACUGUAAACAUUUCUGUUUCUCUAAAACUGCAAUGUUUACAUUUCAGGACUAAAGGGGACAGGGACCUUGCACUCAGACAACUUCAAUAGAAACUGUGGGAAUGUGUUUCUCUAAAUUUUUCCAUGCAGAUUUAACCAAACCACCAUGACCACUUCUGCUUUCAGAAGUGAUCAUUGGGCAAGCAAUCCGUAUGUGCAGUGUGUUAGCUUACUUAGUUAGUUCUAUGCAAAAAAAAAGUCUGUUGCCAGCCCUCACAGAUUUAGUGAGUUUCUUCACUUGCAGUUUGAUUGGUCUUAGGACCAGCCAACAAUUCUGUGUUGUGACGAAAAAGUAGUUGGAGAUAACUUCAGGGACAACUUAGCCUUGCGCUGAAUUUAAGCUGUAUUUGUGGCUUAUUUUAUAUAUUUUUUUUGUUUUUAAACCACAAAGUGCCAUAAUAGUUACAUAUAGAUAAGUUAGCAACAAGGUGUUAAUAACUGUUUAAGUGAAUAACCCUGGAAGCAUACUGUGACGAAAGUAACCUGGUCACGGGUUCUUGGAGGGGCCUGCUAGCCAGCCCCUUGCCUCAGGACUAUGGGCCUUGCAAUAUACCUUGCCCAAUGCACCUUAAAAGGCUCUGUUUAUGUGAAGUAUGUACUUUUGUACUUCAGACAGAGAGACCGACCGUUAGCCCUAAUUCUCUGGGACUGUUUUGGGCAUGGGACCAUGUGCACAAUAGGUCAAAAAUAAUACUUCCAGGAAAUGUCUGAACCCCUGAACUGAUCUGGGUGAUUUUUGGAUAUGUUGGUCACCCAGAUCAGGGAUACCGGAGGGGAGGUUUUGUGUGUUUGUAUGUAGGAGUGUCAUGCAUUUAACCAUUGUUGUUAUUGGUCUGUGACUUGGUGCUGCAGUUCCCCACAAGGUCCAGGUGGGAGUGCCCCUUGCAUGGGGACCUGCUUUACCCCUUCAUGAAGUCUUGGCUCAUGUUUGGGGGUUGGAGAACUACACUCUGGGGAUUGCUAUAAUCACUAUACUCCCCUGAGUAUAAUCACUAGCUCUUCUAAGAGCUGUUCCUGCUUCGCUCUCUGGACUAGGAGAGGUCUACCCACUGGAAGCUGGAUCCUAGUCUUGGGUCCAGGGUGGGUGGAGGACGGCGAGACCCCAACCAAGCUGUGGCGGUUUGUGGGGUUUACGGUGGUUAUAGUGUUCCAGUGCAGUGCUUAUGGUACUCGCAAGUACUAGGAAACAGCGAUUAACGGAGGUACCCGGUCGGGGUGCAAGGUGGUCCGUCACACAUACCUAAUUGUAACUGAUGAUUGUGGCUGAAUUUAGUCUCUUGCAUAAUUCUUCACUCCUUCAUGUCUGGGAGACCCUAUUCGGUCUAGUACCAGCAGUAUAAGCUUUGGAACAAAAUUACCAAACGUUUGGAGAAGCACCUGUAUUAACCUGAACAGGAUUGUAACCUGGCAUGUUUUAUUUUUUUUAUUUAAAACUGCCUAAUAAAAUGUCAGGGAGGAGUUGGUCUAAUCGCAGUAGUGAUUGUGGACAUUCCUGUGCCCCACACACAGAAUAUUAUUUGAUCGAACACACCUGCUUACUACAUUUUGAUUUAUACCAAGAUAUCUGGUUAGCAGGUUAUACAAGUAAAUGUUAAAGGUCUUCAGAUCACCUUAUAAAUUAUAUUGCAUUUCCAUACUGAGUUUAGGGUCUUUUUUUUUUUAAAUUUGUUUUAUUGGCAAUACUGGCAUUCAAUGCAUGGUCUCUCAGCAAUUUGCCGCACAUGCUCAUUUGUUUGCUGUUCUCAGCCGAGGAGGCAUGGCGGCCGCGGUGAAACCAGAAUGUCACUUGAUAUAAGGUCGGUAAACACCCUUUAAACACUCACAAGGGGGAGGGGGAGGACAUCUACAUAUUUAGGGUAACAUUAUAGCAUUCCUAACAUAAGUGUUCCUUUAAUGUAUUGGUUUUGUAACCGUAAACAGUCCAAGGUAUCUAAAGUGGCAUAUUUUCAACAUAUGUGUAUCUCCGUUUUUACACUAAUUUCUGCCAUGUUUUGUGUCAAUAUUUUUUCACACUGGCUAUGUUGUGCUUCUGGGUGUAGUACGUAGAGUGUUUGUGUUCAGACACAUUCUCCAGCACAGCAGUGUUCCAGGGUGCACGAGUAAUUCAAUUUUAGGGGGAGGUUUUAAGGCAUGCAAGAAUAUGGUUCGAACCUUUGAUGGACCCACAGCUGUAUGGAUUAGUUCAGAUUCUCACCAUUUAAAAUUGCACUCCUAGAUAAAUAUUUUUAAAGACUGAACACCCUACGGCAGUGAUGGCGUACAUUUUUGAGUCCGAGUGCCCAAACCGCAAUACAAACCAACUUUUUUCCCCUCAAAGUGCCAACACGGCAAUUAAACGCAACCAUUAUACACACUGACUCUCACAGAUACACAGAUACUCACAGAUCUACACAUACUCACAGAUACACAUACACUCACAUAUAUACACUGACACACAUUCAUACACAUUUCCCCCAACACUCAAAUUACUAUUUUUUUAAAAAUUUUUAAUUUAACUCAACCCAGCCUCCGUGGGAGAUCUGGGGUCCAGUGGGGCUGCAGGGACUGCUGGACAGGCAGGGGGCGAACUGGCAGAGUAGGCGGCGCGGGAGCUCUGAUCUUCCUGCUCAGCUACCUCGUGAGCCGCUUAGUAAUGUCGAGAGCUGGUCUGACGUCAUAUUCCGUCUCCCGGCAUCCCUAAGCGGCUCGCAAGGGAGUGAAGCAGGAAGAGCUCAGACUACAGCACUCCCUCGCUACAAGCCCACAAAUCAAGCUGACGCCUGCCUCGGUGGGUGCCCAAAGGUGACCAGCCGGCCAGCUCUUGGUUCCCCCCAGGACACAAAGCUAACAAGGCAGUGCCGUACAAGGCAAAUGCCUUGUUAGCCUCGCAGUGAAUACACCGCUGGGCACCCUACCAGCGACCUAUGGCCGGGUGCCUACAGAGAGGGCUCGGUGUGCUAGCUGUGGCACGCGUGCCUGGGGUAAUAGGUUACAGGCAUUAAAGAUUAAAGAUGAUAUAAAUACAUACAAUAGGUGGAACACUUUGGGUGAAUCUGUGGAGAGAAUAUUACAUAGGAUAAUACCGUAGGAGUAUAGUGGAUGAUAAUAGAUAAAUUCCAAUACUCACAAACGUGGAGCCAAAUAUAAUCAUAAGGCUCUCAUGAGUAUAUAUACUACCAAGGUACCAUUUAGACUUCUUUUUAUUGGACUAUACUUUUAGGAUUUGCUGUUUUAGCACCCAUAUAUUUGUUAUUUUAUAUAUUUUUAUAUCAUUUUGUGCACAUUGGUAUAUGUGCUUACCUGUUUAAUAAAGCAAAGUUUAUCCUUGAGAAGGUACCUCUAUUUGUUGUUAUCACCAACACUAGCUGGAAGCAGGAUUGGGGACAUCCUUUGAGUCCCUCUGCGCUACUUAUGAGAGCCUUAUGAUUAUAUUUGGCUCCACGUUUGUGAGUAUUGGAAUUUAUCUAUUAUCAUCCACUAUACUCCUACGGUAUUAUCCUAUGUAAUAUUCUCUCCACAGAUUCACCCAAAGUGUUCCACCUAUUGUAUGUAUUUAUAUUUUGUUAUUUAGAGUGGUAUAAGGGGUUCCCAGUCAGGCGGUUUAUAGCACUUGUUGCUAACACUUAACCCACCAAUUGUGUAUUGUAUUUUUUAUGUGAAAGAUUAAAGAUGAUUUAAAUUUUAGUAUGUCAAAUUCCCCUUAUGACAUAAUGUGCCUGAAGGGUUAAUGAAAUUGCAGCAUUCACUUCCUAUACAUCUUUCUUCAUAAGACAGCUAGGGCAGGCUGGUGACUAGAGCUUUUGUAGUGGUGAUUAUUGUCAUCAUAUUGGAAGCAAUUAUUUUUGCUGGUAGAGAGUGAUAUACUGUUGAAUUGCAGUAUAUCACGGCUGUAAAUCUGUCUGUACUGGACAGCAGUCAUUAAUGUUUCUAUGACCAACCUUGCUGGCCAUACCGCCUCUGGAAUUUUACAAUUUAAAGUAACAUAACACUUUAACAAAAAAAAAACAACACAACAGUACUCUAGACUUCUACUUUCCAUUGAAAAAGCCAUUAAUAUACGGCAAAACAGGGGGAAGGGAAAGAAAAUCUUUUUUUCAUUUUUCUAAUGAUUUUUGGUUGCAAUAAAUAUACCCUUUUUUUGAACGAUAUCUGACUUGAGUUCCAGCUUGUUGGAGUGGUGGGCAGUGUUAGCCCUUUCUAACACACUGGCAUUUUACCCAGAGCUUGAUACAGUGGCUCUUUUUCAUGUGCGUGUUUUUGAGUGAAGGAUAACCUGCACUAUAUGUGUUUUGUAAAAUGCUCCUGAUGAAUUAUUACCAAGAUUUGACGGCAGAAAGGUGUGAUGGAAACUUUUUAAAGACGCCAAGUGCCUUUUCACCUCUUGAAGGAAACAUUGGCCCUGUGUUGUGAGUGAGCAAUUGGUAUAUGUUCGCCACCUUAUAAUCCUCAUUAUUGCAGACUAUACUGUGUGAUCUUGAUUAUUAUAUACCUUUCAGUGCACCUGAGGACAUGUUAGCACAUCAAAAUAUGGCUCCGUAAUAGAACCAUUAAUCAGAUUUACUUUUUUUUUCAUAUUGACUUGCAUGCACCACUUUUUUUUCCCUUCAAUUAAUUUCACAUCUUUGUUUAUAUUGAUAUAUACUGGAGGGAUAUGUACACAGGUGUUUGUAGCAUAUGGCAUUUAAUAUUUGUAUUGAUAGUGCCCUUUGAUCACCCCUUUCUGUUGGGUUCGGUAUACCAGAUUCUGAUGAUUUACUGAUCUUUUGACAUUCCUGAUCUAGGCUUGUUACCUGCUUAUUGUUUUAAAAGAUUCUAACCCUGCAGAAAUUUACACUUGAAAUCUGCCCAACUCUAAAGAUGAGUAGCACGUCUUUCUAUGCUUUUCUAUCCUUUUAUCUAGUCGUAUGGAUCUUGCUGCCAUCCCCCUAGUUAGGCCCUUUCACUACCAGAAGCUCCUUUAUCCCAACGACAACCACCACCAUCUUCUCAACACAUUGGUACAUAGAAGAAUAAUAUACCACUCUUUGAGGUUCCCUCGGUUUCUUCUGCCCAUACUUCUAGUGUUCCACUUCUGGUUUCCCAUGCCUCCUUGCACAUGCAAACAUUUAAGUUGCGUUGACUGUCAUUUUAUGUGUUGGGAGUUGCUGGUUCAAAACCAGUUCACAGGCCCUGAGAAAAGAGCAACACUUUUAAACAUUCCUCUUUUUUAUAUUGGAACACGAAAACAGAGGUUCCCAUCGCAAGUGAUCUCUUACAUAUGUAUUGGGUUUGAAAAAAAAAAACCACAUUUUAAUUGCAAGUCCUACUAGCCUCCCCACUAGUGAUGUUGCGAACUUUUCGCGAGCGGUUCCCGGCCAAUCUGCAACAGACCCUCCCUCCCAGACCCUCCCACCUCCUGGACAGCAUCCAUUUUGAAGGCGGAUGCUGUCCAGGAGGUGGAAGGGUCUGGGAGGGAGGGUCUGCUGCAGAUUGGCCGGGAUGUGUCUGCUGACUGGAGUCCGUGGCGAACCGUUCGCGAACCGUUCGUGAAAAGUUCGCGACAUCACUACUCCCCACAUUAUCCUUUUACUUACAAAAGCUUGGUAUUGAGGCAGAUACAAUAUUUACCAAUUCUAUGCCAACCCAAUUAAACAUUCUACGUUUCUCAAUCUCAUAAAAGGCUUUUAUUGUUGAUUUAAAAUGCCCUUACAUACCCAUAUUAAAUACUUUUUUUUUUUUUUUUUUUUUUACAAAAAAUUGUACACUGACUGUUAUAAACACCUGUGGACUUUGCACUUGAACUUGUCUGGACCUUGUGCAGCUGAAGUGGAUCUUUUUGUGUUUGUUGCAAUAGUAAAAUUAUUCCAUUUGGAUAUAUUAUGUUGAGCUGUGCUUUUCCCAUUUCUAGGUUAUUCUGUAAUUUUGAUACAAUUUUACCUUAUGAUCAUUGCUAUAAUAUUAAGUAGCUAGCCCAUUGUUUUCAAUAAUGCAAAUGCUAUUAAAUAAAAAUAAUAGCAAUUUAAGGACGGUUUCCCCCCAUUGAUAUUUCUCUUCUUUUGAUUUUAGUUUUUUUAUUUACCUGCUUGGGUUACCUAUUCGGCAAACUGGGCAAAUGCCCAGGCCAUGAUCUUGAGCCGAGGGCUGGGUGAGAGAUCAGAACAUUUCCCUGAGCAGAGCUGUCUCUGUUGACAAUUUUGUGCCCAGCACCAGAGAUACUUGUGUAGCAAGACCUGAAAUCUCUCCUAACCCUAAGUUUCAAAUCCUUCAAGAUGGAAGCGUGAUCUUGAUGUUUAAAAUGCGCAGGCCUAUUAAUUACUCCAUACAUCGUGUUGAUUUAUAUAUUAUGUUACAGAUAUUGUGCAUGUGUUGGUUCUUGUUGCGUUCUGUUUUUUGGAGUCCGACAGAUGUAGUUUUUGGUAAGCUACUUUUUGGGCAUGCUAGAAUAAUUUAUUUUAUGAUUUCCAUUUAAACAAAAAAAUUUCUAGGGUUCCUACUGGCGGCCAUUUCCAAAUUCUAGCUCAUUUUAGCAAAAGGAGUUGGUUAUUUUUAUUGACCUGUCUGAUGAUUCUCAUCCACACAUGAUGCAUAUUCCUGGGUUCCCAGCAGUAUCAAUUUGCAUUUCCUGCUACAGUAAUUGCUGCUUAGUUCAGGGUCUAUUUAAAGUCAGUGCCCCAAGGUGAGUGUAGAAUUGACUCCUCCCUACUCUUCCAUGUUACCUUGAUUAAAUACAUCACAUUGCAUGCUAGUGUAUACUUGCUGUAACCGUUUAUUUGCAUUUCUGUGGAAUUAGACAAACCUUGUUUUUUUUUGCAUUUUUGUUGUUACCUUUAAUCAUGUAAAUAUAAUACAGCCCCCACCCCCCCAAAAAAAAAAAACCCCUAUUUAAUGUAUUAUCAAUUUACGCAUAACUUUUAAAUGAACAGAACACAUGGAUGUGUAUGUUUUAUUUUAUAUACAAUUAUUUGUCCAGUUGCUGCAUUGUGUAUAUUUAUGUCCAGAACAUUAUAUUCCACAAUCUAUAGGUAUUAUACAUAUAAAUUGUCUUCCCUUGUAUUAGGAAGGCUUAUUAAAAAAUAAAUAAAUGCUACAGGGCAGCAAUGAUUAUUCACCAAUCCCCCAAAAAUGGAUGGGUGCAAUAUUGCCUUAGCGUGUGGCAUUAAUAAGCAAGUGUACAAUGUAUUUACUUUAUGAUAUUGCAUUAAGGAGUAUUGAGCCUAUAAGUGUGUGGUAGAAUUUGCUGCACUAUAUCGAGACAGCCUCAGUAUGUCCAAUUUAAUUUAUAAAUUUCAUAUUUACUUUGAAUUUAUGAUAAUUCACACGACCUAGCAAGUCCUUUUAUGGAUACAAUCGUUCUUUCAAUACACACUUUCCAGACCCGACACUUCGUGAUUGUGCACCACACAACCACCACAGUGACCAUAUUAUUUUCACUGCGUGGCCUGCGAAUUCCAUAUGCACAUGCUAGAUAGACGACAUUGCAGCUACUGGGUGUGAAUAUCGGACAUGUUCCUAGAUAUGGAAGUUUAAAAACCUACCAAGGUUAUAGGAUUUGACCCAUUCAAACUAUGCAAUAUACGGAUCCUUGGGGAGAAUAUCCAGUGAGCAGACUUGCCCAUUCAUUGGGUUGCAAAUCUAGUUUAUGUUCCAAAGCUAAAUAGUCUCCUCUUGUCCAACAAACCUGUUCUUGGUAGACAUACACAUACAAUGGAAACUUCUGGCCUGAGGAAGAAAGUUAAAAAGGUCAAGAGGUUGGGAGACCUUUUUACUUAAGAAAAGAAUGUGUUGAUAGUUUGGAACUCAGUAGAAACCAGGCACAAUCGGAGUCCAUAGGUGUGUGAAAUGUGUGACUUGCUAAGUGGUUGAGCUGGUUGUAGAUCUAGUCUGCUCUCUGGCAUUUAUGCCCAGAGAAUGAAUUCCAAAAUUCUAAAUAAGGGCCAGUUAUAGAUUGGCUGUUGUGUUUAAAAGUUGCCUGCAUUUAGGUAAAUAUAGGUGGUACGGUAUAUUCAUUAUAUUCUGAUUGCUAUCCCUCUCAGUGAGCCUUUUUCAUGGAUAUUAAUAACAACUGCCCAAUUUAGCCACAUUAAAAGAGGCUACAUUUUAACCAUUGCUAAUUCCCCCACCAUAUAAAAAAGGGCUCUCCCCAUGUUAUAAUGCUAUUAUUACCCCUGUAGAGAGGCAAAAAUAUACAUAGAUGGGCACAUGUUGAGUUGAUCUUCCUUUCUCCCUAUUUUUUUUAAUCAUUUUAGUAUAACUGAUAACAAAUAUCUACCGGUUAUAACCACAUUGAGGCAUACAAAAUUCUGAUUUAGAAGUGGUAAUUCACACCCGAGAGAUUACACACAUUUUUCCUUUUGCUUCCUACCCGUUGUUUGCAAUGAUUCCAACACACGGGCAAAUUCUAACAUAGAAGUAGGCAAAAUAUGGCACUCUAGAUGUUUUGGACCACAUCAGCCAUAAUGCUGGCAAAGCAUCAUGAGAGAUGUAGUCUAUGACAUCUGGCGUGCAGAAGAUUGCCUACCUGUGCUCUACCACAUAUGGUGGGGUUACCCCUAAAUUAAAAACGUUUGGUUGCAGGUGCACACUUUUAUUUAAUAAAAAGAAAAAACUUUCUCCCUAACUUUUUUUUUAAUUUUUUUUUAUUUUUAUAGAUAAAGUGACUUUUGUUCCAGAAACUUUUAUAAUUCCAAUCUAUACGCAGCUAAGAAUGUACCCUUUAACCAAUAAGUGCUAUCUAGUUCCAACAGAACUGGUAAACAGAAACAAUUCUAGAUCUCAUGUGGAAAGAAUGGAAAUAUUUUAAAGAGGAAACAAAGUCAAAUAUUUUUCUGCUACAGUUUGCUUUCAGUGAUGAUCUAAUUUUUUAACUCUAUACAUAUAAUCAGAUAUAUUGACCAUUGCUUCACCAGGACGCCCAAAUGGGGCAGAUUUAAUUUUAUUUCUAUGCCAAAGACUUGUUAGCAAACAGUAAUCCACAGAGGCUGCCUUCCCAUGUUCUAAUACAUAUUGUUAUUCAAGGGACACUAUAGAAUUAGAAUACAAACGUGAAUGUGACCGGGCCCAUGCUACCAGGGUUAAAAAAAAAAAAAAAGUGAGUUUUACUUAGUUCUUCUUUCUUGUAGGACUGGCCUAUGUCACGCAGCUCCACCUAUUUGGAUGAGUUAAUUGAAAACGAUGGUUUCCGCCAAUCUAACGCUAUGCCAUUGGAACGUAUUGGGAGGCCAGUGCGCGUGCAUAGCAAAACGCUUCGCUGCUCCAAUCAGAGUUUUGGCUGAAGUGAAAGCAUUGCAAAGCAGAAUGUCAGUGUUUUUAGCUGCAGGGUUAAACAGACAGGGACAUGGCGCCCAGACCACCUUAUUGAGAUGAAGUGGUCUGGAUGCCUGUAGCGUCCCUUUCACAGACUACUGCUCACGUUACACUUUUGUGCUCGUUGUAAAUGAAUAAAUCCCAAGUAGAAAUAACUUGUUUGUACACGCUUUCGGUCUCAAUGCGUGUGUGGAAACUUGAUAAAGUUACUGUAAAUAUGUAAAAUAUUUAUUUUGCUUAGGCCCUGUGUGCUUCAUCACAUGCAAGGCAAGCAUUCUCACCCCUGGGAGAUAUCAUGUUAGAGAGACUAUCAGGGUUAUACUCUAAAUUGACAAUUGCAGGGAGUUCAAAGUGAAUUUCACAUUACAGGCCAAAGUAGUCGAACUGAAAGCAUAGCUGACUGGGGGAAUAUUUUUAAAAUUCCAUUUGAAUUCCUUGUUAUUUUCAGUUUAUUGAAUAACCGUUAUAUUUUUCCCUCCAUUUGUAGUAUUAUUCCAACAGGGUUAUUCACUUUUUUCCUGGGUACAUGGAGAAUUAAAAGGAAAUUGCUAAUUGUAGACCAAAUAUUAUCAAACAAUUCUUUAACCAGGUCAGAUAUUUUAACCUAGAAUAAGCAAUUACCUUGUUAAUUUUUAAUUAAAGGGACACUGUACGAACCCAGACCACCUCAGCCCAUUAAAGUGGUCUGUGUGCCGACUCCCAUCAUCCUUAACCCUGAAUAUGUAAUUAUUGCAGUUUUUAUAAACUCCAAUAAUUACCUUGCAGGGUUAAGUCCUCCUCUAGUAGCUCUCUACCAGACAGCCACUAGAGGGACUUGUGGUCGUCUAAACCAGUGUUUCCCAACCCAGUCCUCAAGGCACACCUACCAGUCCAGGAUUUAGGGAUUACCCAGUUGUGUCUAAGGUGUUUUUUUUCCUUCUUGUAAAAACACCUUAGACACAACUGGGUAAUCCCUAAAUCCUGGACUGGUAGGUGUGCCUUGAGGACUGGGUUGGGAAACACUGGUCUAAACGACGCUGGACGUCCUCACACUAUGCAUUAGGACUUCCAGCGUUGCCGGAAUCACCAUAGGAAAGCAUUGAUUAAUGCUUUCCUAUAGGGAGAUCCUAAUACGAGCGCGGCCAUUGCCACAUGUGUGCAUUAUGUCUCCCCUGCCGGCUGUCGUGGGUGGAGCAGAGCUAGCGCCAAGGGACAUCGGCGAUGGACCCAAGUAAGUGACAGAAGGGGGUGCAACAGUGCCAGGAAAAUGAGUUUAUUUUCCUGGCACUAUAGUUUCCCUUUAAGUUUCCAGUUAGGUGUAUAAACCCUGCUAGGAAUCCAAAUUAGGAAAGGUGCACUAUAGUAAACACUGCAUUUUCAGAGAAAAUGACUGCAGUCACUCAGACAGCCAGUAGAGGUGCUUUCUGGGUCAGUGCUACACAAUUUGAAGCACCAACGUUUGGAGUCUCCACGCUCUUAAUGGAGAUGCUGAACGCUCCCCAUAGAAUUACAUUGAGCCAAUACAUCUCUAUGAGGAGAUGCUGAUUGGCACAGAGUGGCAUUAUGCGCGAUAGACUCCCAAUGCAUUCCUAUGGAAAAGCAUUGGAUUGGCUGAGAUCAUCAAGUUUGAUGAUCUCGGCCAGGGAAGUAAAGCAUGGGCAGAGCGAGCGUCGCAAACGGACAGCCAUGGCACUGGAAAAGGUGUGUAAAGUCCCUUUUUUAACCAGACCCAAGAAGGGACUGGGGGACUAAGCAGCUAUAUCUCUGAAUGAGAUUUAUUCAACCCAGCUGUGAAAAUAGCAAUUUUGUGUUGCAUAGGUGACUGCUAAUCCUAUAAAAAAUUUUUAUUAAAUGUCAACAUAAAAGCAACUAGCAGCUGAUCAGAACGAGAAACGUAAUGUAGUGUGUUGAUACAUGUUAAAUGCUCUUUAGUGCACAUGCUGAUCUGUAUCAGUUUUCUUAUAAACAUGUCCCGUUGAACAGAUCAUUGAAUGAAUCCUGAACAUUCCGUUUUAUUUGGUUGUCCCAGCUUCACCCCCACCCCACUCUAUUUGUACAAGGUGACUUUGGUACAACAAUAAUCAUACAGCCCUUUUUUUUUGUGAUUUGCAUUUAAAUUGGCUGACCGUCCAUCAUUAGAAAACUACAUUUAUAUCAGAGGUCAUUUUAUUUGACAUGUCCUUUCUAUGCAGAAAGGCAGGUUUAACAAGUUGACUUCCUCCUGGCCCCCAACUGUAGUGGUUCUUUAGGUUUUUUAUUUAGAUUUUGAUUGGAUGGUUGUAGAAUGUGUAUAUAAGGGACUUGCAGUAGACCAUUGCUGAUCAUUGUAGGGUAGUGUUGCUAUAGCCAAGGCUUUAUUUUCCUAGUGUUUUGGGAAUUGUUAGAUUUGAUUGUUUUGGUUGAAGCCUUCAUAUCCAUUCUACUAAAAAACAAAAAACAAAAAAACCAUGAAUUCCUAACUGUAAUUACACUAUAAUUGCAUUAUAUAUUGUGUACCAGUAUUUUAUCUGUUUAUGUUAUAUGCACUUAUUUUAUUUGCUUGUACUGGUCUUCACCUCUGUAUUGUGUCACUGUGAUGUGUAUGUUAUCCUGCCUCUCUUAAAGGGACACUACAGGCAACCAUUAUUAUUAUUUAAAAGUAAACUCCUCCCAUAAAACUUAUACAAAUUCCUAGCCGCUAUACUAACAAAAAAAACAUACAUUUAAAUAGACAGACAGUUUAAUUGUGGCCAGGGGUGGGGCGGUUAUGAGAAAUUUGAAGUGACUCAAUUUAUGCAACUAAAGUUUUAUUGCUGAGGAGGUCUGGUUUCCACUUAGAGACACCAACAAUCAGAUAUUAGGAUAAAAAAAGUGGGGCAGAGGGAAUUAGGGACUGUCCUUUCUAAAUAGGGACACUUGUGAUGUAUGCUAUAUAUUACAAAUAGCCCCUUUUGUGUUUGCCUUAAUUUGAAAACAAAUAUUUUGUUAGAGAACAGUCGAGAGAAAAUGCUUUAGGAAAAUACUGGCCAGCGAAAAUGUAAAUUUCUCGUUUUGGGUCAACAAUCAAGUCCUGUCUUACAAGGCUGUUUUAAUCAGUUUGCAAUGUGUUUAGUUGACUGAGAUAACAGGAUGAUAUCAUGGCCUUCAGCAUACAGGUACGCACAGGUACAUACAGGCACUGCUCUGACAUUCUGUACUGCACUAAAUACAAACAAGAACAGAGUUCAUACACCAGGGCAUGUGUAUAUAUACACCAGGGAAUGUGUGUGUGUGUGUGUGUGUGUAUGUAUGUAUGUAUAUGUGUGUGUGUGUGUAUAUAUAUAUAUAUAUAUAUAUAUAUAUAUAUAUAUAUAUAUAUAUAUAUAUAUAUAUAUAUAUAUAUAUAUAUAUAUAUAUAUAUGCCAGAUUUAGUUUAAAUAAUACACUUGUCCAAAGCAAGAAACAUUUGGAUAAAGCCACCUCGAGAAACAUCGUCUGAUGUAGAGAAGUGGAAACUUGGAACCUUGCGUGCUAGUUGAUUUAUGAAAGGGGUGCCUUAAAGGUAUAUCCCCAGAUAUUCUAGAACUACAACUCCCUUGAUGCUUUGCAUGCCUUUAGAAUGCCUUUACAAUUACAAAGAAUCAUAAAAGCUGUAGUUUAAAAAAAAUAAAUAAAUCUGGGGAUCUACCUCUUAGUAGUAAAAUUGGAAAGUGUAUCAACAGUUGGUUUCUGUGAAUUUGUCAGGCUAUGCUUAUAUAUAUUUUGUGAGUAUUUAAAUGGUUUGUGACUAGACUCGAACCUCUGGGAAUCCUUUAAGUUGUGCUGUUGGUGUCUAGAAGUGUCCAUAAUCUACGUUUUGUGUGGUGUGGAAAUAUCUCUCUGUGCAGUAUUUGAUUGAUUGGGAAAGGCACACUGCAAUUAUUUUUAAUUUUUGUUAGGCCUUUUAAUAGUUUUAUUAGUCAAAUGAAUAUAUGUAACUAGAUUAGUCAUCUUCUGCUGUGCCGGAUAUGAAAGUGCCAAUUAUGCCCUUGGUUUCAAAAAUAAUCAUUAGAAGAAUGUGUACCUUUUUAAUAUGGUCUGGUUUUUGUUUGGUUUUUUUUAUUCCACCCAUUGUACAGCGCUGCAGAAUUUGUUGGUACUAUAUUAAUAAUUAUUUUAUUUAAAAUUAACAGAUUGAUAAUGAUCCACAUAGCCUACAUUAACAUUCCGGAAAUAAGUGUUAGGCGGUUGGCACUUAUUUUUUAACUUCUAAAAAAAAAAAAUGUAAAACAUGAUGUUUGUUUAGAUAAAACCUACAGAUAUAUACGUAACCGCCCUGCAAUUGGAAUAAUUUAGUUUGAUUUCCUACCCUCUGCCAGACGAAACCCAUUUGCAUGAUGCUUAUUUCAUAUAGCUGGCAUUGUGAGGCAAGAGUAAAUUGUCACCAUUUUAUUUUUUGUAAGUUGACAACUUGUCCGGCAGCCAACAUUCCUUUAUUUUGAAAUAUAGAACUCAAGUAUCCUGUAAUUAGGUCACUGGAAUGUAAUUUAACGAGAAUUACACAACGUUAGCCUAGCUGUUGCCCAAAUUUCACUCUGUGUACUAAUCUUCUGGAUAGUAAGCUCGUUUGUUCAGGGUCCUCAUCGACCUAGCGUUCCAGUCAGGUCAAUCUCAUUUGUUAUGUUUCCCCUUUAUAACUCUGUAAAGCGCUGCGGAAUACGUUGACGAUAUAUUAAUGCCAACAAUAAAAAUAAUUCAUGUAGAGGGAGGACCAAACACUGUUUAAAAGGAUACUCAUAUACCAUAACAACUUCUUUUCAUGUCAUCAUCUCGUGCCAGCCUGCAGAUGCCUGGGAAACGUCAUUCAAUUUUUGAAAAGAAUUUAACAUGGAGACUGCACCAUAAUCUUUUCAGUGAGAUUAGGUGAUUAUGGUGCCUAAAGUGUCCCUUUGAAAUUGUUUUAUCUAUUUACAUGGCCUUGAGAUUUAGUGACUGUUACUCACAGUGUUCUGACAGUCCGUGAAUAGGCUCUAAACAUAGAACUCUCUAAGUGUUUUGGAUUUAUAUUUUAUAUUUUUCAUCUUAUAUGAUUUGAUCUUUCUUUCUUUUUUUUAAAAUCUCCUAUAAUUUAAUUUUGUUUCUGUUGUUUUGUAUUUGCUUUAGAAGUUUACAAAUAAUUGUAAAAUAGCAUAAGGUAUAAUCGUAAAUAAAAUACUACGGAGUGUAGGCUGGGCUACUUCAGAAUGUUUAAAACUUCUAGAUUUGGUUACAAAAUCUUGUACAGUUUUAAAAAUGAUGAUUAGCUACACUAUCGCUACAUGAACUAUAGCAGUGCUUUUUUUUUUUUUUUACAGGAUACAUUGUGACUUAAAGGACCACUAUAGUGCCAGGAAAACAUACUCGUUUUCCUGGCACUAUAGUGCCCUGAGGGUGCCCCCACCCUCAGGGACCCCCUCCCGCCCGGCUCUGGAAAGGGGAAAAGGGGUAAAACUUACAUUUUUUUCAGCUCUGGGUGGGGAGCUCUCUGCCUCAGAUCCUCCUCCGUUCCUCCCCUGUCAGCUGAAUGCGCACGCGCGGCAAGAGCUGCACGCGAAUUCAGCCGGUCGCAUAGGAAAGCAUUUACAAUGCUUUCCUAUGGACGCUUGCGUGCUCUCACUGUGAUUUUCACAGUGAGAAUCACGCAAGCGCCUCUAGCGGCUGUCAAUGAGACAGCCACUAGAGGCUUUAGAGGGAAGGCUUAACCCAUUUAUAAACAUAGCAGUUUCUCUGAAACUGCUAUGUUUAUAAAAAAAAAUGGGUUAACCCUAGCUGGACCUGGCACCCAGACCACUUCAUUAAGCUGAAGUGGUCUGGGUGCCUAGAGUGGUCCUUUAAAUUGUCCUGUAAUCAUACAUUGCAUAGUAGCCAGUGAGCAAGAAACUUGUCACCAUAGCAACCAGUAUGUCCAGAAUCUGAUGUUCCAUAAGGUUUAUCAAUGAAUGAAUUGUUCAUUCCUUGUCGACUAUAAACCUUCUUGCUUUUUUGGCUCAUGCAAAGUAAAGUUGAGAAACUGGCUCUAUUACAUGUGAGUCUACCAGUUGUUUUGCAUGACAUCAGACUUUAUAAAAGUAUAUAAAUAUUAGUGUAAAUUUUAAAAGGACAUUUUACUCGAGUGAAGUAGUGUGCAGUAGAAGCGCGUACCUUGUCAUUACACAGAAUAUUUAAACUUGAAGGCAAAUUCCUAGCACCAUAACCAGUAGCGCUUAAUUGUCCCAUUUAUUCUUAGUCUAAAAUGCCUGGAGCCAUUAAUCCUCCUCACCCUCACUCCCCCUAGCUUCUAGCAUCAUUUGAUGAGUCUCUGCUUCCUCAUCUGGCUAUCCACAUAUUUCUGUGAUGUGAGCACACUUGCACCAACUAAACUGGCUUUUACACUGCCAGGAGCAAAGGGACAGAAUGCUUUUCCCCACGCAGUUUUUUUUAUAAGUAACAGUAAAUUCUACUACAUUGUAAUAGACUAUAUACCGGUCAGAAUAUUUUAUUAUAUAAUCCCCUUCUUUAUUUUUGUUUUUUAUAUAAUUCCUCCCCCCCCCCUUUUUUUUUUGUGUUUAUAUUUGUUAAAUAUUUAGAUCCUGUGUACAACUCUGACCUCGCAAGAACAUCACAUCAUUUCUGUCUGUACUUGUGCGCGCACUACCGGUUUCUUUUUUUCUUCCAUUACUUUUGCUUUUUUUUCGUUUUUUUUCUAUGCUGCGAAAUGCUGUUUAAAAGAGGGUUUUUUGGAUAAAAAUAACAAGAAGAAAAAGAUAGAGGGAUUUGGGCCUGAAAUAGGUCUUGCCUAUUCUAACGAGGAAUGUUUGUUAAAUAUGUAUUUACUGCUUACUUUUCAUUGAGAUAAAAUAAACGUUAAUGUUUCAUUGAACCGCGGCCCAUUGGAAGGUUUAAUUUUGUGUUUUGGAGCAUGUAUCGAUGUGUUAAGAGUAAGGGUUCCUUUACCCUGUCUGAUCUGCAGCUAGAAGUGAAUACAGAGUAUUGUUGGUUUUCCCACCUGUAUAGGGAUUAAGAAGUCCCGAUCUCAAGGUCAGCUCUAUGUAAUUUAAACCCUUAAAGCUAGUCUAACCUAAUCUUGCAGGCUCUGUUCCUUCCUAUCAAACAUUUUACAGCCAAACCGAUCCUGAGUUCUGUUUUCAAUCCUGCUGUCUUCUUUUUAAAUUAAAGAAGCAUCGUUUUUUCUGUUUAAGGAUUAAGAGGUUUUCAGUUUUAACUGUAAGGUCAAUAUUCACGUCCUAUUGCUGUUGUUUGAAUUCCGCAUCAGUGAAUGUCAGUGAAACCUUUUGGCCCUUGUAUAAAUAAUGCAUCUCUGCUCUGUGUAAUCAGAUACCCUCUAUUUGGAAAGAAAGGCUCUGUCUGAUCAGAUUAUGUUUCAUGACUUCUCUCAGAUAGAGGCCUUUAACUCGUGCCCCUUUCCCAGCUGCUUUUUUUUUUUUUAACCCUUUUUGUAAUAAAUGUGAAGGGUGGCACUUUGUGUGUAUUGUGUGUUUUUUUUUUUGGUGUCCUUAAAGGGGAAAUGUCAUUUCACAGGAUUUGUAAUCUCAUGUUUGUAUAUCUCCUAUUUUUAACAAAUAUAUUUUUGUUAGAUUUGAAAAAUAAAAUUUAAAUGUCGAAAGCGACACCUAUCUAUCCUGGAAACGAGAGCACCUCAAUCCCCCCUUCCAAACUAAUAAAAUGCCCUCCCCCCCCCUUUCCAAGUACAUCUUCUCACAGCCAUAUCCCUCCCAACAACCACAUUCAUCACCCAGUCUCCACAAUUACCUCAUCACACCCAGUACCAUAAUCCCUCAUAAUCCUGUUCUAAUCACCAUAUCCAGUCCCAAUCAAUUACCCAUAAUCCAAUCACCACUGUUCCACCAAUCACACUACUCCAGCCAUAUACUUUGCUCAUCACACUACCCAUGCAAUUAUGUCCCCAAUCAUAUCAAUCCCAGGCAGCUAUAUGGUGCCAUUCUUGCCCACAGUCACAAUCCCAGGCAGCCAGAUGGUUCCCUUUAGCCCUAUCAAUUCAACACAGCUUCCCUCAUCCCUACCAUUCCCAGGCAGCCAAAUGGCUCCUCUCUGCCAUUUCAGUCAUGGCAUCCAGGUGGUUCAGCUCUGAAUGGCAGGGAGAGGAAGCAUCUAUCUUAACUUUUCUAAAAAGUUUCUGUGGAUUAGCACCUCACCAUUGUCAUCCUGACACUGACUGAGCAUGAUGGGCAUUGUAGUACACAAACUUGAGUUGCACAGGUAACAGACUACCUAUGUAAAACAUGCCAGAAGGACAGAACUCCCAACAUGUUAAUCCAGAUACUGAAUGAGCAUGAUAGGGGUGGUAAUCAAAGAAAGACAAUGUUUGUGAAAUGCUAACCAGGAAAGUAUUUACAUUAAGUUAGGAUCUUCAUUUUUUUUUUUUUUAAUUGCCUCCAGAAUCCCCAAAAAUCAUUGGCAUUUUGCCUGGUUCACCCAGGAUUACCAGUCUCUUUGCUGUCUGUUUGCUGGAUGUCCUGGUUCAGGAUCCAGGUUCUGGGGACUGCUGCACAAGUAGAGCAGCUCAGGGAGGUAGGGGAGACCAGGGCUGAGGCACACUGCAAAGAGCCAGGUAAAGACUCCGGAGAUAACUUAAACAGCCAGGACAGUGCUCCCGAACAAUUUUGCUUUUUAACAGGCAGAGUGGGCGUCUAUAGGUACUCUGAUAGUCCGUCAAACGAACGUUGUCCUAUAUUUCUAUUUGUAGUGAAGAUCAUUUAAAUGAAAAUAUAUAUAUAUUAUAUAAAUAUAUAUUUUUCAGUGAUUUUAUUUAAUGGUGUAAUUUCCAGUGAAGUGAUACUUUAAUCCAAACUGUCUGCACCUGAUACACAAAUAUUGUUCGCAAUUACCGAGUUUUGGGGAUUUUUUACAUUUUUGCAUAUUUAUAUAUUGCUAUGUAGCCAUUUAUGGGAACUGCAUUAGCGUAACUUUUGACCAUGUGGGCUUUCUGAAUCACAUAAAAUCCAGAGAUGGAAAGAACUGCAUAAAAUAUCGGAUUUUAAUAAGGUUAUAAAAUGUCUUGACCAAAGACUGAUGCAGAAAAACGCCAACCCCAACGUUAUUUCCUCCUCUGAUUUGAAGCUGUCAUUCGAGGGUGUAUUUUAGCUCAGUGACACUUGUAUUGAAGAAGUUGUCAUUGAUAACUAGCAGUCUCGGUGGCUAAAAUGGAAUGUCACAUUGAAUUGAGCACUCAGAUUAUUUUAAUUGCAUGUUCUUGGCUCCUAUUACACAGAUGUCACCCACAUUCGAAGAUCUAGGGACAAGUAAAUUAUCCUUGCAAUAAUUAAAUACCUUCAUAUAUUGUUAGAAAUCUGAAACCAAUAGUCCUCUUCCAUCAUAAUUUUUUAUUUUAUCUUCCGACACUGAGGUUAUCAGAAAUAUUGUGAAUUUUAUUUAUUUUAGUUUUAUCUAGAAAGAGAUACAUUUGUACCAUCUGGUUUCUAGAACACUGUGGGUUAGCAGGUGACUGAUUUUACUAUUUAUGUCUAAUAACUAGUGUUGGUUGAACCCUGGCUUUCAGUUAUAAGAUAGUGAUAAGAUAGAGUUGGUUAGAUUGUUCCAAGGAACAAUCUUGUUUUGGUACUUUAUCAAAUUCUGCCCAACCUAAAUGGCAGUGAUGGGCUGAAAUAGACCAGUGCUCUCAGUCUGUCUCUAACAUUCCUGUGAAAGGGUAGACCAGAUAUGCCAAUUGUUUAUCUGUUGUCACAAUCAGAUUUGGUUGAGCAGAAUUAUUCUCUCUGCUGGUUAGUUAGUUAGUUCCCAAUAUUUAAAAAUUAUUUAUGAGAUGCACAUUUGAUCUGGUAGGAGCAGGACCUGCAGACAUUUUUGGAAUGCUCACCACAUUCUGUGUGCACAUUCAUAGAUUAAACUAAAUUAAAUUAAUGUGGCAUUUCAGAAUGCUAUAAUGCCAUUGUCAUCCCUCUAACAUGCAAUCGUAAAUUGCAUCCUCAAAAAGCCUGGACUAUUGCAAAUUACUACUAAUCCGCCUUUCCCAAUACCCGCAUUGCUGCUCUUCAGUUUGUAAUGAAUGCUGCCACUAGGCUAAUUUUUCUGACUGAUCACUACCAGCCUCCUUACCUCCCUGGGGUCCAGUGUGGGGCAGCUCCUCACUCCUCCAGUGCUCUAUUUAGUACAAUGUCGUUCCGGCUCCCGGCAUCACAGAGGACGCACGAGGGAGCAGUGGGGAGCUGCAAGAAAAGCCUCCCUUGCCGCCUACACUGCCUCAACCUACCUCCUCUCCUCCAGCAUUCAUUGGCUAAGCAGGUGUCUGCUCUGCUAUACUGAAGGACAGCAUCGGGUGUGCCCUGAGGUGGCCAAAUGACGGGUGCUUGGCGGAUCGGGUCGGCGCUGAGGGGGGAGGUGGGGUGGAUCUAGAGCCGCUCACCCAGUGCUGCGGCCCAGGACAGCGGGAGCCCACCAGGAAAUAUCCCAGUGGGCAUUUCCAGCAGGCCGGCACCCUAGGCGACUGCCUAGUUCGCCUAACGGUUGUGCCGGCCCUGCCCUCACUUCCAUAGCCCAGCUUCCUCUCUCUCCUUCAAUGGUUUAGUUCUUCCACACACAACUUUUAACUUUUUACUGGGUUAUGCCUAACACUGGCAUCUUACCCAUCAGUCCCUACUCACUCUAACAUGCUGUUCUUCCUCCUGUGUGUCUUUACCCCUUCCUAGUAGAGUGUAAGCUUGUUUGAGCAGGUCCUUCUUUAUCUCUUGUCUUGUUAAUAUUUUCUACUCCAGUUACUUGUUAUCAUUUAAACCUGUUAUAUAAUUGUAUAGUGCUGCAGAAUAUUUGGCUCUUUAUUUAUAAUGGUUAUAAUUGGCAUCAUCUUCUCUAUAAACUGUAAAUUCUUACAUAGGUUCAAUCAGGAACCCAGUCAAUGUAUGAAUUCCAUUAAGAGUACAGUCCUGUAUGCUUUCAUAAAAUCCCCAGCCAUUUUCAAUGAAGCACACGCAAUGGAUGAGUUUAUCUUUGACUUCACAAGCGCAGUCUAUGAAUUUGGACAAAGAGGAAAUUGCGUGAUAGGCAUCUUGUGAAUUAUCCAAGGUUACCGUGCGGACAAUAGACUGAGAAUGAAAGGAUUGUAUUACUUAUUUCACCAAUCCCAUUCUUAAUAAAAUGGACUUACAGUUUAAAAUACUGUAAGUAAAACUUUGUAUAUAUGAUAGGUAGAUUUACUCUAUUCCUGAAAGGGACUCCAGUACCAAAGAUGUUUACUUUAGGCUAGCAAUUCCCUUUCAGUGUGGAGUGUAAUCAAUAGUCUUGCUCUAUGAAAAGGGCAUAUGAAUCCUGUUGCACAAAAUCCUUAAAGGGAUGCCAGUAUUAUUUUACUUAUAAGUUAUACAUGUGCAUUUCUGCCUAAUUGGGGCUAAUAAGCCCUAUUUGAGAUCAGUACCCCACACUGUUCUCGAUUUUAUUUUUAUUCUGUUCUCAUUCUGCUUCGUUAACACCAUCAUAAGGUGGUGAUAGAAUCUCUCAGAGCAAGGUUUAUACCUGGAUACUUAAUAUCUACUGGUUGGUAAUAUGCAAUUAAAGUGUUGAAACCUCUGCUCUUUGUAGCAUGUGAUAAUCCUAUUUAAAGAGUAUCUGUACCGCCCUAAUCCUCAGAAUUUCAUCACUGCUCAUUUCAUUAUCCAUAUGCCUGGAGGGUAUUUGCUUAAAGGGAUACUCCAACUACCAAAACAACUUAAGCUUAAUGAAGCAGUUGUGGUGUAUAGAUCAUGCCCCUGCACUCUCACUGCUCUAUACCCUGCCAUUUAAGAGUUUAAUCACUUUUGUUUCUGUUUAUGCAACUUUAGCCACACCUUCCCUCUCUGUGACUGACACAAACUGCAUGGAAAAAAUUGUUUCCUUUUCUAUCAGCUCUGUGUGUUCACUUUAGAAGUUUGUAUCUCCUUCUCUGUAAAUUGAACUUUAAUCACAAACGGGAGGCCCCUGCAAUGUCUAGAGGGCGAUUAACAGAGCAAAAGACAAGAAAUUAUAACCUAAACAAACUGUGCAAUAAAGGAAGUGUAAAGAUUAUAUCUCUUUACAUGAAGUGUUUAGGAAGACUGUGUAAGUCACGUGCAGGGAGGUGUGACUAGGGCUGCAUAAACAAAGUGAUUUAACUCCUAAAUGGCAGAUAAUUAAGCAACAAGACUGCAAUUUAGGUAUGCUUUCAGUUUAGCUAUUUCUGGUCUAAAAUGUUACAUUGUCUUUGAUUCCUGACAAUUCUCACUUUAGAGAAUACCUUGUCAGCCCUGUAGGCAUGCACAGAUUUCUCAAAAUGCUCCUUCAUGCUGCACAGGACAAACUAAUGGUAGUUGCAGGAAUGAAUGAUGGUCACACCUCGGAACUCCACCCACCUAGUUCCAUCAGUCUGUGUAUCACAUGCUUGUAUGAGGAGAACCACCCACACAGAGAUUUAAAAAAUAAGGCUAUGCGAAUAAUCUCCUGUGGUGUCCUCUUCUAUCUUGAGGUAGCUGAGGACAAUCAAAGCUGCAUAAAGUCCCUUCCAUAGUAGGUAGAUAGAUAUCCGUACAACAACAAUAUAUGUUUUUUUGCACAGACUGAUUUCUAAAUUUGGGGCAGGGGGGUGGGUAUAUUUAUUUCUCAUUCUCGUUCCUCUACCAGAGAUGUGAGGGUUCGCUGCAGAAUCUUAGCUGUUGCUAGAACUACAGUUGUCUGGACAGCGGCCUUCAUCUUCUCAUAUUUUCUUCAUCAGAAUAUAUAUAUAUAUAUUCUCUUUUAGUGAAUAAACCACUAACCUUUUGCAAAGUCAUAUUUUAAAAUGCUGUAAUAUAUCGGAAUGUUUUUCUCAAGAUUGUUACUCUUGAAAAUUUCCUAAUCCGCAUUGAGUGGUUGUAAUGUCCUCUUGCUGUGUGAGAGGGUGCUCGCUUCGUAGCGAAGAGUCUCUCUCCUGUAAGUAGGACUAAUGCACCUUCUAUUGACAGGCUUGUGUUGUAAUGAGCUUGUGUAGUUAAUACGAGAAUUGAUUUGCACAUCGGACUAAUUUUAGGAAGUGUUGAUUGAUUGGUUGAACGAGGUGGCUUACAGCAAGUUAAUUAUAGGUUCUCUCCGUCGUUAUAUAUCUUUUAAUUCCUAGUGUGCUGAUGUCUGCAAAUUCAAACCUGCUGUCAUGUCCCAAAGUACAACAUUUUAUGGGACUAAGACACGAAACAUGACAGUAAUAGAUUAUGGCAUUACCUGAAGGUGGAACCACUCAAGAUUUGAACUCAAACCUCACAUAUAUGAGCAGAUUGACUAUAUGGAGCCAACUACAAUAUAUGUUUUGCCAAUUUAAUGAAAAUGCUUAAUAAUGUGACACUCAAGGGUAAUGUGAGGAGCCAGUACACUACCUGAUACUACGUGGUAGAGGCCUGAAACCUCCAAAUAGAAGUAUCAAAUACAAUGAAUACAUGCUUUCUUCUAUUUAUUUCUUUGUUACUGUUUAUUUUUUUAUAUCUUGGUCUAUAUUAGUUGGGAUAGUUACCAAGCAUGGAUAUGAUUACUAUGAUUGUUUACACUUCUGUUAAUUUGUUACCAUGGGAGGAGCACCUAAUUUUGGUUCCAAUUUCAAGGUAUUUAAACGGUUUGAUGUGUUGAAUCUCCAUAAGUGAUUUAAAUCCUCUAGGCUGAAAGGUUCUAUAUAUUUCGUGUGUUCCUAUCCUCAAUAAAUUUCUAUUUUGAUCUUUACCUGUUGAAACCGUGGAUUCUAUAUAUUGAUGCUGAUUUAAAGAUACAUAAAACUGCAAUAUUGGCCAUUUUUUAUUUAAUUCUUGCCAGAAUGAACAGUUAAUAUUUCAAUUCAGGUGACUCCACAAUCUUUUUUUAAAGCAGAGAUGCUCAAGUGUAGAAUUCCAGCUCUUCCAGACUAUCAAAUUAAUUAGCAAGUAAGGCUUCUUGGGGAAAAUGGGGGUGCCGAUCACAUAAACAGGCUUUAUGUAUUUACACAAAUCCUAUUUAGGGUGUGCAGAAACUAGGGUAAUUACAUUAUUUUCUGUUUGGUUUUUUAUAUACAUAGUUAUUCUAUACAAAGAUGCAUUAUUUUAUCACUUGAACUAUGAACACACGUCAUAGGUUAAUGGAAAAUCCCAGAAAUGCUUAUUAAUCUAAGCUCCUUAUGUCUUCUUUCAAGCAGUAGGAGAUAUUGGAAGAGAUGUAUCUGAGGUGGUGAAGGAGUGGUGGCUGUGGGGGAGAACAUGGUGGUUUGAGGGUACAGGGAGUGAUGGCUGUGAGGGAGAGAUCGCUGAAGGGGAGAGGGAAAUAGAACUGGAGGAUGGUAUGGGAGAGAGAACUUGGGGGUUUAUGUUUUGUGAUAUGCAAUUUUUAUGAUGCACAGCUAACCCAUUGGGCAUCAUGGGGGUUGAAUUUUACAAAUCUAUGGAGGCUUGCUGAUCUAAUUUUACCCCUUACAUUGAAGACUUCUAUAUACACAAUUUUUGAGCGGUUGGACAGAAACCAUGCUCUCCCUAGCCAUGUAUAGUCUGAUCCAAUUGCUGCAACUUGACUAAAGCAAAUGUCGAAUAUGGCGUUAGCCGUCCAUGUUUGGUCAACCAUGAGAGGCUGAAGGGUUGUCCAUAAGCAAUACUACCAAACUGAUUCCAUUAAACACCAUCUAAAAGAGAGAACCUGUACAAUCGCAUGUUUUAGAAGUCAAUCUAAAGCCCAGAAAUAAAGAGGAUAAAUUCAAAUUGUAUUAAUUUGAUAUGUCUAAUAUAUGUUUUUUUUUUUUUAACUCCUGAUAAAUUCAGGACGUUACUGGUCCAUCACAACAUUAAUAAUAUAGUGUAUGACAUGUAGACAUAUCUCCAUGACCUAUGACAUUCAGUCAAGGUUACAUGAGGGAUGUUGAUUUAUAGAUUACCUGCUAUUCCCACCCACGAUGUACAUUUUACAGCCCCUCCUACAUAUUCUGACUUAUGACUGUAACAGAUCGCCUGGCACCCCGACUGGGUACCUCCGUUGAAGGAUGCUCCUAGCUCUUACAGAGGGCUCCAACCGCUCUGCCAGACACCACAACCACCGUAGACCCCACGAACCGCCGCAGCUUGGUUGGGGUCUCGCCGUCUCCUACCCACCCUGGACCUACGACAAGGCUCCAGGUUCCAGUGGGUGAAACUCUCCUCCAAGAGAGUGAAACAGGAACAAGCUCUUAAAAGAGCUUAGUAGUGAUUAGCUAAGGGAGUAUGCAGAGCAUAGCAAUCCCUUGUAGUGAUAUAGCAAUUCCCCCAAUAAGAGACAGGACUCUAGAUUAAGGGUGAAGAAGAACUCUGGUUUAAUGACACACACUCUGCUUUUAUGCAAUUCUCCCAUGCAAGGGAGACGCCCACUGACAAUUAUACAUUACUCAAUCACACACUAGUUACAUCCCACACAUCUCCUCCCCUUAACCUGAGAGGUAACACAAUUAGCUGUACAGUUUAAAACAUACUUUUAACCCAACUUUCAUAACUCUAAAACUAUACAUAUUAUUAAUCAGCACAUUUCAAAUACAAACUUACCCAAAAAUCAUUUGAAUCCGUUCAGCCAUUCGGGAGAUAAAUAUAAAUAACUUUUGACCGACCGCAAGCACAUUUUCAUUCCCAAAACAGUUCCAUGGAUUUGGGCUGUGUGGUCGGUCUAUUUUACACUGAGAAAAUUACUAAGUCCCAUUCGAACAAGCGUUCGAAUCUUCGAACGGGACUUAGUCUCCAGCCGCAGUGUCGAAGUAGCGUAGAAAGCAUGGGUCAGCGGUGUUCGUGCAAUUGGGUAGCCGAAAACAGUUCCUUAAAUUUGGCUAGAUUCUGCAUCCGAAGUGCCAGUUUAAAAGUACAAAUCCUUUCUCUGGGAAUUAAUGGGCCAGAAACUACAAUAUGAAAAUCAAUUAUGCCCAAAUCAGUUCCUAGAAGGGCAAUACAUCCCAGGGCCAUAGUCACAGGGCAGGAGGCUGGCAAACAGGCCCCUCCAAAAACCAAUGGCGAGGUUACUUUCGCCACAAUGAUCCAGCUAAAACCAGCCCUAUGUAAAAUGCCCUAAUUCCAGCCCUUAAACUCAAUAAAUCAUGUUGUGACCUCAGAUAUUUGAUUGAAUUCAAAGUAUAUUUAAACACUGCACCUGCUGUAUUAACCUCAAGUAAUGAUGAUGACCAUUCACCCACAGCAAUGCCUCUCUGUAUAUCUAAUUACAAAUAUGGUUCAUUAAAGUGACACUGAAAUUCUCCAGGCACCCAUUGUGUUAAAGCCGCAGGCGGUUUUAAGGAAACAAAAAAGCACAGCAACGUUUUGACCUACUAUGAGGUCUUUGUCAAGUUAACACCACAAAGCAAACAUGAGUGUGUAUAUAUAGCUCAUAUACAACAACUCAUGUUUGCUUUGUGGUAUUAGCUUGACAAAGACUUCAUAGUAGGUCGAAACGUUGCUGUUCUUUUUUUGUUUCAUUAAAACUGCCUGCGGCUUUAGCACCUUGAGUGCUUGUAGAAUUUCUUUCGUUGCCAUGUCAUUGUGGGAUUGCUGUCCUGCUCCGGAGCACCGGAUGGCUGCUGGAAUUGAUUGUGGCUCCUACCAUCACUUUUGCAACAUUAAAGUGGCACUGUCACAAAUAAUAUAAUUGGAUUUUUUUUCUGUCUUUCCAUAUUACAGAGGCUUACACCCGGGGCUUCUCAGAGCCUUCAACAACACCUUUGUUAAACAAUUAUAAUAAACCUUAUAUAAUUAAAUUAUAUGUAGUAUAUUAUAAUACUUUGUUCUUAUUUUCAUAUGAACUAUUUUGACCUAAAAUUUUAGGUCACUUUAUGUUCACAAGCUUUCAGUUCUAGUGAAUAACAUUAUUUGACGUAGAACCUGGCCAUGCCUGCAAGUGAGGUGAGACGUGUGUUACGUAUACCUACAAAUAGACUGGAUAGGUGUGGUGAAACUAUGCAGUACUUAGUUAAACAGAACGUAACCUUUGCUGGUUUCAAUUGAGCUUUUUUUUCUUUUUUUAUCUAUCUACAAAAGCUCAGAACCAGUGAAUAAUAGAGUUUUAACUGACCCUGUGCGUGGAUAAGUUUGAUUCAUUAAUAUCCAGAAAUCCAUAACCUGCUUUUGGUUUGCUAUUAGUAUGGAUUUCAGAUUAAUACCAACGCAAAUUGCAUUUAAAGGGAUACUCUCUCAACUUUAAAGUGCAGUUAACAGUACUGACUCUAGUGAUUAUGGUGCCAGGCUAUGCUGUGUUGGGUGCCCAUGUUUGUUUCAGUUUGAGUUGAUCUCCUAAAACAGAGUUCAUAUUUUUGCAUUACCAUACCAACUCGUACAAAGUUUGGUGCUCUCGGCCAGUAAAUACCAUGUGAACCUGGCGCAAGUUGGUUGAGUAAUGCAGAAGUAUGAGCGUCCGCUAUGUCAGAUCAAUUUAGACCGAAAGGACCAUGGGAGCCUGACUCUGCAAGGUACAUGUCAAACAGUUUCUAAAUAAAGUGGCAGGACGCUUUUGGAUGGCACCCAGGCAUUCUUGACACCAGAACCACUACAGCACGCACAUUGUAGUGAUUAUUGCUUUUCAACAGAUACCUAAAGCAUCGUAAUCGUAUAUGUACCCUGCCCUUUUCUAUGGUGAUUGCAUGACCUUGUAGAGGGUCAUUCACAGCUUGAAAAAAAUAAUCUGCGGGAUCCCAGGGACAUCUCUGAUAGGUAGGAUUUCCAUUCAGGGUUGCAUAAAUGUCUGCCCCUUAUUGAGUUACUGCUUUCAAAGCUCCUUUGUUUGCUCGAUUUGUGCGUUACUUUAUAUUUCAUGUUAAACGUACGAUUUGUCGCUAUGAAUUUAAAUAUACGGUACAAUGUAUCACUAAAUAUGACUUUAGAAACAUUGUCUUUGUUUCUGAAAUUCCCAAAUCCUUACCAUGCCAUUGAUAUUUUUUUAUUUUAUUUUAUAUUUUGCCAAAGAAGCAGAAAUUUUUUUGUGCGUGCUUAAAUCUUGCGAUGACAGCAGAAAUGAUCGAUGUGCCUAAUUUUCUUUGCAUGAUAUUCUAGAUCACUGGGUUAAUGGUUUUGUCUAGGUUAAGCAGUAGCUUUAAAUUAUCCUGUCCAGAGGACCUCUAAAUGGAAACUGUCACUUCGCCAGAAAUUACACCUUUUGAAGAAAACACUAAACAUCUCUAUUUUGUGUUUUCGUGUGUGCUGUUCUGUUUUCUUUUAAAUUGAUAUUCAGGAUUUAGCAAACAAUGUCACAAUCCAGUUCACUCUGGGAACAACCAGGGCACAAAUUGCAAAUAUAUAAAAAUUGUUUAAUGUAUCGUCUUUUCCUGGACACCCGGCAGUCGUCAAGACUGAGGAGAACUUAUAACCAUGAUCUGAGAUGGAGCUAAGCAUCUUCAGAAAUCAUAUACACGGGGGACAUUGAGAGUGCUAUAUUCAAACAUAUGAGGGGCAACGAAUAAUUGAAGACCGAUUGAAAGAAUUAAAGGGAAUCUAUAGUGUAAGCAAUACAAAUCUGUAUUCCUUACAGUAUAGUUCCCUCUGCCCCCUGGCACUUCAAGGGUUAAAAAAACCUUGUAGCACUUACUCGACUUCAGCACCAAUGUCCUUUGGCACUGGGAUGGCGCUUCACCUACUUGUGAGCUCAUUAGGCUCUCCCCAUACGAAAACAUUACUUUAAUGCUCUCCUGUGGGGAUUUAGUUAACGCUGGAUGUUCUACUGCAGAGCGUGAAAACGUCCAAUGUCAUUUUAGCACCAGAAGUCACCUAGCCACAAGGAAGUGCAUCUAUUGGCUUUCUGAUUGACAGCCAAUAGAGGCAGUCUUAGACCUGCAAUGUAAUUAUUUCAGUUUCUCAAAAAUUUCAAUAAUUACCAUUGCUGGGUUAAGGGGACACAGGGGCAUUGCACCCAGACCACUUCAAUAAGCUGAAGUGGUCUGAUUGUGUGUAGUGUCCCAUUAAUGGAUGGACAUAUUACAUUGACAAAGACCCACCACAUUCAAACACUUGUGGGAUUGCUCACUACACUCUGAACUUUUGCAAAUUAAAUCCAAAUGGCAAAAAUAGCCGAGUUGUGACGAUGGUUGAGUUGGAGAAUUUUUCCAGAUCAGCUGUUUUUGCCUUGGUUUUUCCAUUCAGAUAUCAUUCUUAAAAAUGUGGAGUUUAGUGAAUAACCCUGAAAGAUUGCUUUAAGGCCCUUUGAAAUGCAAACAUGACAUAAAUACUGUAAGUUUUAUUAACUUUGGAACGCUGGGCUUUCCUCAUACACAAUACUCAUUAAGAUUUAUUUAUUUUGCUGUGGGGUCAGUCUUUAUGGCUAUGAAACUCACAAACUCAAUAGUAUGAAUGUAUCACAGAGCUCCUCAACAAUGAAACUCACAGUAAUGCGCAAUAUGAAUUUACCACAGAGCUCCUCAACAAUGAAGCUCGGUAAUAUGCAGUAUGAAUUAAUGAAUGUAUAACAGAGCUGCUCAACAAUAUAACUCAACGCAACGUGCUGAUUGUAUGAAUGUAUCACAGAGCUCCACGUUGGUAAAAACCAAUAGUUUGUAGUGUGUGAGUGUAUCACAGAGCUCCACGGCAAUGGGAGUAACUUGGUUUGUGAUGUGUGCAUUUGUGUGGUGGCUGUGUAUAUGAUGUGUGUGGAGCCGAUGCGGUGUAUUUUGACUCCUUUUCAUUCUGCAGUCUUUUUUUCGCAUUAAAAGCAAACAAUGGGUCGCAAGAGUAUUCUGAGAACGGACAGCAGCUAAAAUAGCCUGCCCUUCGGUGGGUCCCCGCUCAGAACUCAUGCUGGUUUUAGCUCAGCUUGUGCCAUUACAGAAAGAACAUAUCUGAAGCAUAUCAGACUGGUCCCACCCAUACGGGCAGUUUUUUUCGCAUUAAACACUCUGCUAUGAGUUUAUCUAUUUAUUACAUUAUUUAGUUACUAUGUCACUAGCAAUAAAGGAUCUUCUUCCAUGAGGUUCGCUCUUGUGUGCGCAUGUGGAUUAGACCGGAUUAUCAGAGACAGAAGCAAAGACUAAUCUGUGACACCGGUUGUGAUGUUUGACAGAAUCAAUGCAAUUUAUUGAUCUGGAUUAUUUGCCUUGUUUGUCUCCCAUUGACUACGCAAUAACCAGAUUGCCAAAGAGAUACAGACGGGGCUUGCGCAUUUAUUCAUUUUUCUGUCUAAAUAUGUCUGUGGGCUGUAAACAUAGUUUUACUUCAUGUGACUUAGAAUACAUAUAUUCAGGUGUUGGAUGUUUGUAUUUGCUUCCUAAUUAUGUGCAGGUGUUGAGGUCGUCAUUGUGAACUUUUCUAGUUUAGGACCCGGUUUGACCUGCUGAUACAGAGUCUUCGAAUUGGAUGUAACUGCUAGGAAAAAGCGUAACAUAACUGCCCUUUACUGCUCAAUGUCCACAAUCACACAGCUGCUCACCAAUUUAGAUUUAAUAAUCCAUUUUACGCAGCCUCUGAAUGGCAGUGAAAAUGGCAUUAAAUGGUUUAGCACCAGAUGGAGAGAUAUUUGACCAAAAAAAAGUAAAUUUUCUGAGGUCAGGGAUUCCUCCCGGUUGGACAUUUGUAAUAUGUGGGGGAGGGGGAGGGAAAUGAAAAUGUAAAAAAAAUUAUUUAUCGUCCUACAAUUCCCUUUGAGUGUGUAUUUUUUGUAAAAAAUCGCCAGUAAAAUCAAGGCCGGUUUAUUAAUGCGUUGCCCCAGGUAAGACGCUUGUGAAGCAAAAUGUCCUUGGAAGGAAUCUCAAAUUUUCUUAGCAUCAGCUUUAAAUUUGUAACGUGCACAGCUUGAUAUUAAAAAAAUAAAAAAAUAUUUCCCUUUGUCUAGCAAAUCAGUUUUUUGGUUUGUUGGAUUUUUUUUUUUUUUCUGUCAUGUUACAUCAUUGUAGAGUAGAUUGACAGAUAUUCGAAUUACAUAUGUAGCCACUUCCUUUUGUUUCUGUAAGAUUAGCGAUAUUUAUUCAAACACAACAAAUUCGCACUUUAGUACCUAGAGUUUUAGGAUUGAACUCCAGUGCAGACUCUCGGUCUGAAAUGUCAUAUUGGAAGACUUGUCUGUUGUACCUUGCUUUCUAGGGCAAAUCUUGUAAAUUCCAAAUCUCCCUAAUCUCUAGGUAUGGCAGGGGGGAGGUUGUUUGGCUGUGCCAGCUCCCUGCCUGUCUCUGCCAACACAUCAUGAGUCUCUCCCUUUUCUGGGCACCCUUCCAUUUUUACACCAUAUAUGCUUUCUGUUCAGGAGACUGACCUAGGUAGCCCUGACUGUUCAUACAUUAAGGAUAAGACGUUUAGCAGUGUGAUAAUACCGGCGGGUAGGAAAUGGGUGGCAUAGUCUGACUAAUGCCUUUUAAAGGGACACUCCGGGCACUGAUAAAACUUUUUAAUGCAUUUUAUAGAUUUUGCCCUCAUUAAUAUGCUGUUUUUAAUUUUUUGUUUUUGCAUGCUCAAAUCUUUCUAGUUUUUGUACAGACUUCCUUAUCAAAUGUAUGUACACAGCUCAGAGCUGCUUUUAAUUAACAACCUGGAAGCAAACCGGGGAUAUCCUUACUAUAUGCCUCCCUGGCAGUAGCAGAACUAAUGUAGACAGGGCCCUGGAGGAAUACUUGUUUUUGUCUCCCCCUCUGUCACCCCCCCUCCCCCCCUCUAUUUUCUGUGUAGUGUUGGCAUUUGAAUGUAGUUGUAUGCACUGUUGCCUCUUCGAAGCAGAGGCGUAGUUGUGUGGUUGAAUGCAAGGGUUUGUUUGUAUAUAAUGUUGGCAUUUUAAUACAGGGGUUUGUUUGUAUGUUGUGUUGGUGUUUGAUUGCAAUAGUGUGUUAAUAUGUAGUGUGGGAGUUUGCUUGCAUGUAGUAUUGGUGUUUGAUUGGAAGGGUGUGUUUGUUUGUUUGUAGUGUUGAUGUUUGACUUUGAAUGCUGGGAUCUAUGCACAUAUACACACAUGCCAACACACACACCCUAACACAGAGAAAAACACAAACACGCAUUCUGACACAAACACACACACAGAAAAACACUGAUGCAUAAAUACACACAGGUAUACUCACACUGACACACGCACACAAGUCUCAAAUUACAUAUUUUUAGCCUCCCCCUGCAGGAGGGUGACUUCCUGGUCUGACUGAGACUGAUGGGAGUCUGAGAUUACACUAUUUAUCCUAGCUAUACCAAUUCAUGCCAGCAGUGGGCGCAGUAAUAGGCUUAGAGUGCCAGCUGAUGCAUUCAGCCUAGCACAGAUGCCCACUCCUACUUAGGUUAAUGCUCCCUAAUUAGUUCAACCAGCAAGUACAGAGGGGCCGCUGGGGACUCUCAUUUAGCAUUUAAACAUAUAAAGUGUUUUAACUGUGAAUGGAAGGAUGACGCCAGAGGACUCCAAGCACUAUAACCACUUCAAUGAGAUGAAACGGUUACAGUGCCUAAACAGUGUCCAUUUAAUGAUUAGCUGUUGUCUGCUGUCUAGGCCUUGGAAGUUUCUCAUGCCUGUUUUCUGAAGACAUAGAUGCAGCUUUCCCAAAUAACACAAACAAAACAUUAUUUUAAUAUAUAAUAAUAAUAUUUCUUUGCAGACGUCUUCAAAUAGCAGGAAAAACAGAGAACAUUUACAGGACAAUUUACAUAUGGGCUCUGCCUAGAGCAAUCAUUAGUGACUUUCUAAGGAAUAUGUAUUUUGAAUUUACUAUUAUAACAUUUUUAUUUUCUGUUUGUGCUUCUUUUUUAAAUAUAAAUAAUAUAACUAAUAAUAAUAAUAAAAUAAAAUAAAAAAAUAUAUAAUUGCAGGAAACAUUCAGGUCAGUCAGUGCUGUGUGUGUCUGCUCAUAUAAUUCAGCUUUACAGUCAUUGAAUUUAUCUAAUAAAAAUUUUAGAAUCACUAUUGACUCACAAGAAUGAUGAAAAUAUACAGCUUAAUAUUUGGCUGGUCGUCUGCUACUUAAUAUCUUUCUUUAUUGUACAUAAUAUGUGGUUGGUUAAUCAUAAUGAUGAUUACUACAGGAACCCAUGAAUCACUUGUUGCUUAUUACGUAUAGCUGAUGGAACUUUGAAAUGAACCUAAAACAUAGUGUGUGCAAAUUACAUACUUUACAAAUACUCUUGUUUCUUCACUGGAACUCCUUAUGUGUGUUUCAUGUACUCCGUUAGCGUAUACAGUAAUGCAAACAUGUUGGUGCCUUUAUAAAGAAGAUAAUGAUAAAUAAUUAAUUAGGGCAAUCUCUCCUGGAUAGACAAAUUGAUUUGUUAGGUAAUUUCAUUUUUAAUGUUUUGUUCCAUUAUGUCUAUUAAAACCACUUGUGUUUUGGCAAAUCCAAUUAGGUCGUAAUGAGCCAUUAAAGAAAGAGAGGCCGAGAUGGAAGAGCGACUAUCCUAUGACGGACGGACAGCUACGCAGCAAGCGGGAUGAAUUUUGGGAUACAGCCCCAGCAUUUGAGGGGCGCAAGGAGAUCUGGGACGCUUUGAAAGCUGCGGCCUAUGCAGUGGAAGCAAAUGACCAUGACCUUGCUCAGGCAAUAGUAGAUGGUGCAAGUAUUACAUUACCUCACGGUACGUAUUAUUUGAAAUGUUAGAAGGUGUGAAAUACAACAAGGGUUACUCAAAUUAACAAGGGUAACUCUAAGCACCAUAACCACUUAAAAGAGACAGUGUAAGCAUCACAACCACUACUUCUUAGUAAAGUGAUUUUGGGACAUAGAUGCUGCCCCGGUAGCCUGUAUGUUGCAGACAUUGCUAUUAAUGAAGAAAACAAAAUGGCCCUGUUUAUAUUUGGCAAUUUUCACAAAUACGAGUGGCCAUCAGACUAAAAUAGAUUCUAUAAUUUACAUCAUAUGUCCUAAAUGGUUCUUUACGAGAACCAACCAUCUGGAUGAUUUCACCAGUGGAUCUGAUUGCAAUAAGGAGACUGUCCUGACUCUGGAAAUAAAUGUUAUAAUAAGGUUACAUGGUGUUUUUUAUUGUUUGUUUUUUUUAAACAGAAAAUUAAAACUAUUCUAAAAUGAAUAUGUAACACCACUAAUUAAAAAGAAAAGAAAAAAAUGUUUCUCUUAAUGAGUUUCUGUAAGCAAAUAACCUGCAUUGCAUUUAGGUUUAAUUCCCUAUUUAAAGAAUCACUAUAGUGUCAGGAAAACAACUCCUUUUCCUGACACUAUAUAAUCCUCAGAGCCCUCAUCCUAAUGGGCUGAAGGGGUUAGAACCCCUUCAGCCACUUACCUUUAUCCAACGCCAGGCUCCCUCGGCGCUGGUGACCUCUCCUCCCCCUCCGACGUCCGCUCCGGAGUGGAGCCGAAUGCGCAAGUGCGGCCAGAGCUGAGUGCGCGUUAAAAACGCCAGUAGGAAAGCAUUUCUCACUGCUUUCCUAUGGAUGUCCAGCGUGAGUUCAAUGCAAUUUUCGCAUUGAGCCUCGGGGAAGCGCCUCUAGCGGCUAGUGAGACAGCCACUAGAGGCUGGAUUAACCUCGGUAAAACAUUGCAGUUUCUCUGAAACUGCUAUGUUUACAGCUGCAGGGUUAAAACCUGGGGGACCUGGCACCCAGACCACUUCAUUGAGCUGAAGUGGCCUGGGGGACCUGGCACCCAGACCACUUCAUUGAGCUGAAGUGGCCUGGGUGACUAUAGUGGUCCUUUAAUAAUGGCUUGAUAUUUGUACAGAAGGAUGGCUCGCCUGUUUACAAACAUGUGGGCUUCUAACCAAGAGCAAUAUAUGACUUAGUAUGUUGGUAUGUAAGCUGUUAACCCUGUAACUAUUCCACACCCGGUUAUAUUACUGUUUAAUGCUGAGUUUUUUCAAUCACUUAAGAAGGUUAAAAUGUACACUCCCUACAAAACAAAAAAUCUGUGUUACGCUAGCAGGAUUUUCAAUAAGUGUGUAGUGUUACGCUAACAGCAUUUUCAAUAAAUUCGUAGGCCACAUUAAAUGACCAUUUAUUAAACCCUGUCUCAUUUUUAAAUGUGCUCCCAGCAUGCUGUUUUACUGGGGAUUUUUUUUGUAUUUCAAAUGCAGUUCUGUGCAAUCUUUAUACACAAUGUGAUGCGUGACCUGGGCUGUAACGAUUAACCCCUAGAGGUAUACUUGUGACUGCGUGGUCAGUCUAGGCUUAAAUCACAAGCAUUAAAAUGGCCUAUUUGUAAAAGCCAACUGGGAUUAAAUUCCCUCUUUCUACAAUGCUACACACUUUAUAUCCUAGGACAUGGCUCAAAAUUUACAUUAGCCCACUUUUGAAAAUUCAGGACAUGUGAAUAGAAAUUCACUCCUGGUGAGUUGUGCCAUGGACCUGCAAGGCUUGCAGUGGUGAGUAACCUUUAGACCUGGCUAGUUUCGCAGAACUUUAAAGUUUGAGCCCUGUACUAGGACAUACUGAUAUCGGCAAUUCCCUCUUUCUACAAUGCUACACACUUUAUAUCCUAGGACAUGGCUCAAAAUUUACAUUAGCCCACUUUUGAAAAUUCAGGACAUGUGAAUAGAAAUUCACUCCUGGUGAGUUGUGCCAUGGACCUGCAAGGCUUGCAGUGGUGAGUAACCUUUAGACCUGGCUAGUUUCGCAGAACUUUAAAGUUUGAGCCCUGUACUAGGACAUACUGAUAUCGGCAAAAGGAUUAAGAUUUCACAGGGCUUCCUACACGCUUUGUAUAAGCAUGGUGAAUAGAACUGGGCUAUAGGUGACCACCCUACAUGGCUGUCUACGGUGUUUCUUUAAUUUUUCACCAGAGCUAUUUAUAUUUGGACUGCAAUAAUAGUAUGCCUCUCGUAGACUGGUAAUUUAGGGAACACAUGGGAAAAUGCACAAUAAGCAACACACAUCGUGCGUUCCUUUGUCGAAUCUGAGUAAGAGUGCAACAUGGUCCCCCGGGAAAAAGGCUGUUACCAUAGAGGAGUUUUUGAAAAACAAUUGCAGGGAGUAGUUAAAACCAAACAUGCAAACCAACCGUAGUAAGUUGAUCUUUGAAUGUCUCCGGUUUGUGAAUAACUAAAGGUUUUCCUUUUGCUUAGUUUUUCUGAGCAUGGUUGUCCACCUACAACGGAAGCUAAUCCAUUGGGGAAAUGUGUCUUGGAAGACCCUUUAGACAUGCUUUUUUUGCUCUAAUGGAUUUUCUAAAGUCUCCCGUUUGCUUUGGGGAGUCUGAUCCUGGAACCCCAAAAAGAAGGCCUGUGCAUUUCCUGUCUCUUCCCAAAUAUAUGUAUUCAGAGGCUUGUUGAUUGAAGUGGACAUGGCCGCUCAUUGUGUUAGCGAGGGUUUAGAACAUGGUGUUAAAUGGGCAGAUUCAAAUCCCAGGGAUAGAGUCUAGCGUCCCACCAUCUUUCAAGCUCCACCAGCCAUUAACAUUUUCCAUGCAGUACUAAUAAGAAAAAAAAAUGUCUGCCAGUAGAAUGCAAUGCAGCAGCCAAUCAGAACCUGAGAAGUUGAGCAGAUUCCAGUACUGGGAAAUGGUAAUGCACUGUUUAAAUCGCCAAUUGAUGCAGUAUUUUGACCAAAAGUAAAAACACCACAGAAAGUGCAAACCAUACUAAGGGUCGGCACACCUCCAUGUACAUUUAGAAAUACCAAGAAGGUCUGGGCACACUAGGAUUUAGUGCCAGGCAGUUUAAAUGGAACUUUAUGUACAGAACAAGCAGGAGCAUUUUGACCUCAUGCCAAAGUCUUUCAUGCAGUACUUACUGAUGGCGAAGCCUCAUUUGCCCGGGCAAGAAAUCUAGGGCAGUUAGAAAACUUUUGUCAUUUAAUAAUAAUUAAAAAAGUUUAAAAUGUAUACUCUGAACAUAGCUGAAUAAAAAAAAUAAAAAAGUAAUAAACAUUUUGUACACAUAGGAUAUUUUGUGCAAUGCAUUUUCACACUUUUAACAAUAAUAGAAAAAAUAAUUAUUACUACAUAAAUAUUAAUUAUUAAAAAAGGGCUGGGGCCAAAAACAUCCGUCCAAUAUAAAGCAAAGUACGUUUCCAUUUUUAUCUCAUAAUAAAAGGAUACAAAGUGUAGCAAAUUAAGUUAAUAACACAAAGCAUCCAAAGUGCGUAUUACAAAUUGGUGUAUAUAUUAUGCACUGCAUGUGAAGGUAAAGCUUAGUGUAGCCAACAUAAAAAAACAAAAAUAAAAUAAAUAAUGAAGGUCCCUACCAGACACAUUGUAAAUAUAAAGGAUAUUUACGUUUUUAUAUUCUUUUUCCAAACAUCCCAAUAAUAUCUGAGAGAAUCAACAAGUUAGAACCUCCAUGACCACAGAAACUGCAUUGGACCUUAUAUUGUGCAAUCUAUGCAAUUUUUUUAGAAUUUUUCUGUAGGAGUAUGAACUAUAUCUGUUAAAUCAUGGCUUAAAAAGUACUUACCAUGGAGGGUCCAUGCCACACUCAGAAGGAGUGAAGUUCAACUCUCCAGAGCUCAAUUUUUUUUAUUUGCCAACGGAUAGUGGUAAGUGGAAAUUUUGAGCACUGCAAAAAAAAUAAAAUAAAAGGAAGCAAGUUUCCUAUUAUUUGUUAUUUUAGAGAGGUAUGAGGAAGAGAUGCGGAGUAUCUGUUGCACCAUAUAUGCAUUGCUUCAAUUCUGUCUUUUUAAACUAUACCUUCAAGCAGUAAUACAGUUACAAAUGGACAUUGUCAGGUGAACUGUUUAGGGACUUUCCAAGCUCCAUAACAUCUUGUUUGUUCACUUUAUGGUUCCCUGUAACCAGUCUAUUCAUAACACAACUGCAGUGUUUUGCAAAAAUUGCUGCAGCUACACCCCACCCUUCCCAACAUCAUAGGAGGAAGCUUAUGUUUGUUUGUUUGGGUAACUGUGUGUGAGAAUACUAGCAUUAUUAAUAGAACUUUAUAAAUAAAAGAAGCCUCCUUAUUCCUCCUCAAUGUUGGGCAUAACCCACAAAGACCUUUUUUAGUUGACCAAAAAAAAUUAAACGUAAGGGAAUGGGAUCACCACUUGGAUAAAAUAUCUAAUUUCUUAUAUAUCGAGUGUUUUAGUCUAUCAAUUGUGACAACUCUUAGAAUGUACUUAAAUAGACUGUCAGGGUUAUUUUCUAAUCAUUCUAAAAUGACCAAAUUCUGAUUCCAAUGACAGUUUUCCCGCGCUGUAUAAUCUCACCAGAGCACUCUGAUUGGUUGGCUUGUAAUAGGUGCUGAAAAGGAAAAUAUUAAAUGUUUUUCUUCUGAAAUAGCAAGGGUAUAAUAUUAUGAACACCAUUUGAAAAUACAUAUUCUUAAUUUGUCCUAAUACUUCUCAAACCAUAACUGAAUUAUGACUGUUUGUUUUUUUAGGAUCUCUAACGGAAUGUUAUGAUGAAUUGGGGACUCGCUAUCAACUACCAGUUUACUGUCUUGCUCCUCCUGUCAACAUUAUAAUGGAGAGAAGUGAUGAAGAUGGCACUGACGUCCCAGAUCCAGUAGCCAACAACCGACGGGAAUUUCAGCUCAGAGUCCGGCUUUCAUCUGGAAAGGACGUAAAACUCAAUGCUAGCAUGGGGGACACCAUUGGCCAGCUAAAGAAGCAGUUGUACUCACUGGAGGGGAUCGAACAGUGCAGGCAGCGCUGGUUUUUCUCAGGGAAACUUCUCACAGACCGAACGAAACUGCAAGAAACCAAGAUUCAGAAGGACUUUGUGAUCCAAGUUAUUGUCAAUCAGCCAUUGGAGACGGCGAACUGACUGUGCUGAUGGUCCAUAGACUGAAAUCUGAAUGUCUACUGAAAUCUUUGUACAUUAGGGUGGGGACAGAAAGGCUGGCUGCUAGAUUUUAAUAUCCUUUCUUGGUGUCCACCUUGUGAAGCACCAUUGUCUCUGUGAGAUUGGAGCUUCAUUUAUAGUAAAGACAUGAGGCAGAGAUUUUAAUUUAAGGAACCAUAAUGUUGCACUGAGAUUUCACAUAUCUUGAUUGCACACAAGGUUAACCUCAUAACAAUUAACAUUUUGAAACCUACUGUGCCCAUGUUGCUGAUGGACCAACCUUGCCAGGGUCUUGCAGUACAAAUCAGGUGCCCCUGAGCUAAAAUAUUGAGAUGUCUUUUGACCCCUAUAACGUAGGCUAAAUAAUGGACAUUUGGGUUGGACAGUGGAGUAGGGGCAACACUUUUAGCCAUACCCACUUGUAACUCUAAGCAAAUGCUUAGUGUAUGAAAAGUGAUAUCUUGCACUGCAUGCCGUGAUUGAAAUAUAUAUCACCAUGCCAUGGAAUCAAUUAUCAUGGUGAUUAUCUAUAUAAAUAAUGAUACAUCUAGAUAACAGAAAUAAUCUUGUUUAAAAAUAAAUAAAUAAAAUACAGCAAAGGCCCAAGGUUUUUAUUUUAGUUUCUUUAAGGACAGGCACAUUUAAUUCCUAAAUUCUGAGUACCAGCUUGUCAGGUGUCUUUUUUCAUGGAAUCUAAGGAUAGGAUGUUGCUACAAAAGUCAUCCUUUGCAAUUAUGUCCCGAUUUAAUUCACUCAUGGAAUUCUGCAGUGUAACGCAAAGAGUAUUUAGUUUGUGAAAUAGUGAGAGUGUGGAUUGUCAUGUCCAUCACGUUUGCUUAUGUUAUGGCUGUGUUACUGACUUGGUGAAAUACCCGUAAAUGUCAUAUACAAUCAUUAAUAUAUCCUCAAAAAUGAAAGACACGGGUGUUUUCUUACCCGACUAGAAGAGAUGCAAUCAAUUGUUUUCAUUUUUUUUUUUUUUAUAUUAAUAUUUUUUUAAGAUGUGCCUGCUGAAAAUUGGCAUAAUUAAUGUGUUCUUUUUUAAGUGCCAGACUAAUGUAACUUAAUCUCUAUAAAAUACAGAAGCAAUAAUGUUGUUUUUGUUGAACACUGUGUUUUGCCUUUAGAACAAAGUAUAAAAAAAGCAGUAAAAAUGCAAUCAUGUGGGAAAACAAAAAAUACACACGUUAUGCAAUUAUUAAAUGAUCAGUUUUGACUCAAUAUAAUUUCCUGUAGAAGUGAACUUUCAUGUUUUAGAUAAUAGCCACUAUUCUAACCAUGUUA